AUGAAAGAAAAAUCCAAAAAUGCUGCUCGGACUAGGAGGGAGAAAGAAAACAGUGAGUUUUAUGAACUGGCUAAAUUACUACCCCUGCCCUCUGCCAUCACCUCCCAGCUGGACAAAGCAUCUAUAAUCAGAUUGACAACCAGCUAUUUAAAAAUGAGAGUGGUGUUUCCUGAAGGUAAGUCCUAACGCUCUGUGUUUACAUUCCUUUCACUUCCAAGCUGAUCUGAUAAACCUUGUACAAAUGUGUUUCAAUUUCUCCAAUGUAGUGGGUCCCAUCCCACAAGGUCUAAGCCUGAGGAUUUCUUGUCUACAUAACUGGCAGCUAUUGGGACUUUACAUUGCCUUUGUCUACAGCCCUAAGCGCAAGCCACGUUUAUACUUAGGCAAACACGACUUGCUUUCUGCACAAUCUGCAUGUCAAAGACACACAUGCCACCCAAUAUAACUGAGGGUGAUGCCCACUGUGGGGAAAGGCACUACAACCAUGUACCUGUCUGUCUCUUUCAUUUUAGUAGUCUCUGUUUAAAAGAAACAAUUAAAUCAUGUAAAAUUGUCACUUAAAGUAAAUAUUCUAUAUUUUUUAUUCUCUUCUAUCUAUCUAUCUAUCUAUCUAUCUAUCUAUCUAUCUAUCUAUGUCUGUCUAUUUAUCUGUCUUUGUCUAUCAUCUAUCUUACAUUGUAUAUACAUGUGAUUUACAUAUAAAAUAUAUUUGCAUAGUUACUGACAUAAUUAACGCCUUACUUUUAUAAUCAAUGUGUCCACAAUCUACACGUUAUGUUUUUAGUUUGCAUGUUACUAGCUUCAUCUAUCUAUCUAUCUAUCUAUCUAUCUAUCUAUCUAUCUAUCUAUCUAUCUAUCCACCCCCAUAGUGCUGAUAUUAACUACAGAUAAACAGGUAGUUCAUUAAAGGGAGAAAGUAAAUUAAUCGAAAUGGAAAGAAGCACCAUUGAUGGGAUUUGGAUGAUUCAAAUAGCAAAUCUAGAAAAAAAAUAAGAGAUAGAGAUUUAUUUUUUUUUGGUUUUUUUUCUGCAAACUGGUAGUUGAUAAUAAAAAAAUAAAUAAAAAUAAAAUAAAAAACACCAGAUAAAGCUAUUGUAAAGUCCAAAAGCAGCACUGUUCCUAACAGGAUUAUUAGCAGUGAUUUGCCAGCUCUCCCAGUCUCAGUAGGCUGCCUUUCUGCGUGAUUUCCAGCAGUUCUUGUCAAUUAUUGGUGCCAGUGUACUUGCUUGUUUGAUCAGUAGAAACAUAUGGUGCAACCAGUAGGGCUGUGGGUAAUCAGGGGACCAGGAGUGAAACAGCUUCACAGGGUGAAGCGAGAAUUCAAGCCAGCAACACCUGGGAAUGGCCACAGACUGACUAUCUAUCUAUCUAUCUAUCUAUAGACAGACUAUAGAAAUAUCUAUCUAUCUAUCUAUCUAUCUCUUUUUCUAGACAGACUAUAGAAAUUUCUAUCUAUCUAUCUAUCUAUCUAUCUAUCUAGACAGAUUAUAAAAAUAUCUAUCUGAUAUCUAUCAAGAUAUUUAUAUAGUCAGACUAUAGAAAUAUGUCUGUGUCUGUUUCAAUGUCUCACUUUCUCUUUGCAUUUGUAUCUAGUCUACUCUUAAAACAGUUGAUGGAAAGUUAUCAUAAAAAAUCCACCUAUUUCAGUGCCCAUAACUUUAACACAUAACACAUAUAGGUGAUUUUAAACCUAAUAAAUACUAAUAAAAUAAUGUACAGUCUGAGCUGAUAAAACAAACUUUUACAGAUAUACAGAAACACUGUGCUUCAAUAUAGGACAAUGGCUGGGAAACAAAAACCUACUUUUUAUUUUUUAAUGGUAAUUUGUAAAUUUGUACAAUUGGUAAACUGUAUUAUACCUGUAUAUAUUUAUCAUUCGUACAUAUACAUGUCAUUAUUUAUAUGUAAUCAGCAAGGUGGGACAGCUGACAGCAGAAAUGCAACGUGUCUGUUAAAACAAUUGAGGCAAAAUAAGAUUAUGGGUUUCGGCUACUUGUUUCUGAAUUUUGCCAGCUUUUCUCAUUUAAAUAAUAUUUUGAUGUAUUUUCAAUGAAAAGCGCGUUGUGGUGACGUCAGAAAUGACGUCUAUUUUUGGGGUCCAAAAUAGCCAAAAUAGGAAACAAAAAAUGUGCUCUUUCUCCAUGGGUUUGAAAUUCGCUUCUCAAAUCGCAACUACUCUCUGAAUAGUGAAUCCCACAGUAUGGGAUUUCUAUAAACUAUACUAAGCUAAUCCCUUAAAGAGAUAUACUAACAUGCCUUAUUUAUUUUGUAUUAAAUCAACCUAUUCCAAUGUAGGGAUCAGGGAGGAAAUAUCAUAUAUAUUAUAAUGAAAAGAAUGAGAAGAAAUUUUAAAAAAUGCUCUAUUUUUCACCUGGGAUUUUCCGCUUUCACUGUUUAUUUAUUUUUAAUUAUUCGUUUAAAUUAUAAGUAAAACACAAACUUAGGUGCUAUAGGUGACGAGCUGAUAAAUAUCGUCAUUGACAGUGUCGGUUUAAUUGUAUCUGAAUAUGAACAAUUUACUAGAUAAAAUUAUUACUAAUAUAUAAUUGUAUUGUUUUAUAAUUUUUUUCCAUUUAAACUGCUAUACAAAAAAGCGCGUGUGAUCGUGUGAUGGAAUUACUUUUGUCAUAACAUUUACAAAAAAAUAAUAUAUAUAUAUACACACAACUAUUCUACAAUGCCAAUAUAUAUAUAGAGCAACUCCCAUACAGAAAAAAAAUAUAUAAUAAUUAUUUUGUUGUACUUGCAAAAUAUGCAUGUCUAAUCUUUCUGGUGGAAAUAUAAAAUAUUAAAAAAAAAUUCUCAUUAUAUAAUUAACCUGCAUAUGAUUGCAUUAUACCGAAUUUAUUAUGAGAAAAUAAUAUUGCACCACCGUCUAUGUUUUAAUAUUCUUUGAAGAUUCUUUGUAUGUUGGCAUUGCAUGAACUUAAUUACAAUACUUGUAUCUUGUAUCACUCUAGCAGCAAUACUAUCAAAGUCUUAGAAUAUAACAUAUACAUGCUUGUUCUCUGGAUACAUUGUAGAAUUACAAAAAAAAAAAAAAAGACAAUGAUUGAAACACUAUUCCCACGUGCAUUUUUAUUGUCCUUGCACUUUUAUUGUGCUUGUUCUGCAAAUUGUAGGAAGGUGAACGAGAGUCGUGUUGGGUUACACUGUUUAUUUUUGUUACAGGACUAGUACUUAUUUCAGUCCCUUUAAGAUUAGAGCAGGUUUACUUUCUGUGCUAAUACCCCUUUUGAUGCAGUUCUCCAAAUUGAUGGGCAUAACCAAAACGUCUAAUAGAACAGUUAAAAUAUGAGAUUUAUGUGAUAUGAAGCAUAGACCAGAUGCAUGUGUAAUACACACAUAUAUAUAUUUUUAUCUCGGAUGAAAGUUAUUGUAAAUUGGAUUUAUGUUCUAUGUAUUUGGUUAACUUGAUCAUAAAAUAUAACCCGCAUUUGCCCUUUUCUUGUGAUACAGGAUAAAUAUACAUUUUAUUUAAUAUCUAUUCAAUUAUACACUCUUCAUUGUCUGCUAUUUCACUUUACCUGGGUGUUCUAUUAAAAUAUAUGUUUGUUCAAACGCCACAAUAUUUCCUUUACACUUACUUUUUAAAUGUAUUUGCAUCUGAUUUCAGAUACUGCGGUCAUACAGCGUAAACAGAAUUUUAUUUCGAAUGCAAAUAACGUGAGAUAUCAUGAGAUAAAUAAAUUAAGAUAUUUGCAACCCCAGGGUGUCUGGUUAAGAUUGCCAGAAAAACGAGAAAUCAAGCAGGGGGAAUAAUAAAACAUAAUGCUAUUAAGGGGCGAUGUGAGACAGUGGAGUAGAUCCCCGCCCUUUAGUAAAUUAGACUCUCUUGUUUGGCUUGUUAAUGUGAGAGCUCUACAGGUAGGAGUUGUAGGGUAGCCGUGACAUCACAAUUAGCUUAACAACUGUACACAAGACCAGCAUCUUAGCUGUAAAAGACAGUAAGUGAUUUACAUAGCCAAGCUUUGUAAAAAAAAAAAAAGGACACACAGAGACUACUACUUCUAAGAAAGAUUCCAUCUUACAGGUGACUAGAUUGCUUCCAGACAUUCUAAAUGUGUAUUGUUCCUACUUACCCUGCUGUAUGUGUACGUUGAUUGCAACAGGUUCAUCAAUUCCAAUUAGAAAACCCUGUCUGUUUGUGUGUCCAUCAAUUUGUCUGUCUCUUAUUUUACAAAUAUUCUACAAUGCCACAAUAAAAAGUAAAAGUGACACGUUGCAAAUUAUCUAUCUAUCUAUCUAUCUAUCUAGCUAUCUAUCGCCCACUCCCCCGACCCCCUCAUUCUUGCUUGGAUUCCUUAACCACAUUUGCCCCUAAAUCUAAAGGGGACAGUUCUUGUCUUUGUCAUAAUGUAUUCCUUGUCACACCAGUUCAAGAUUUGUGGAUUGUUGAAUGUAUACAUCAGUGUGUGUAUCGGUUUUUUUUUUUUUUAUUGUCAUUACGAAUAUUAUUUCGUACAUACAUUUAUUUGGCCAUGAGAUUAAACCUGCGAUUUAUAUUCGCAGAUGCUAAUCUAUGAAAAUAUUACUGUCCAGUGUUACUGAGAAAUAGGGAGAACUCGAGUUUAGAGGAUGAAAUGGCUCUUUGUGUUUUUAUAUCCUGUAAGAUAUACUGUGUGUUUGUGUUGUAUAUUGGAAUCUGGAAGGUGGAUUGUUAGUUUAUAAUAGGUAUUUGUUAAAUAUCUCCUUAAGGGUUAGGAUCGCAAAGGUUAAUAUAUGUUAAGAGAGACAGAGGAUGUAUAACUGUUUAUAAAAUUUAGUUUUAAAGAAAUAAUGCCACUAUUUAUGAAAGCAUGAAGUACCUACAAUUAUAUACACGCUGAUAUGCAUUCACACUUCUUGGUGAUUUUAUCCAUGAAUUAACAUUUAUUAUAUAGAUCGAUCACAGAAAAUCUCGGAUAUUUAUAGGUUUCACCAGAUAUUGCUAAACCAGCCAUGAAAUCAUUUAAUAGAUAAUGAUUCUAAACAAAUGGUUUUCUCAAACUAUCAAGUUCUCAAAACUAUAAUCACAUUUUUUUUAUUUUUCUAAAUUAAUUUUGUGUGUAUAUAUGCAUGCAUAUGUAUGUGUGUAUAUUACUAUUAAAAGAAUAUAUAAAAUUACUGUUGUACAUCAUCUACAUAUCUUAAGUCGGACCUUGGGAAACGCCAGCACUGGGCACAGAUAUAUAUAUAUAUAUAUAUAUAUCUAUAUCUAUAUAUAUAGAUAGAUAGAUAGAUAGAUAGAUAUAGAUAUAAAAAAUAAAAAUAAAUCAUGUUUCUAUAAUUCUCCCAGAAUUCACAGCUCAACAUGCAAAUGAGCACAGAUAGACAUCCUGUUUCAGACUUCCUCAUGUAUUUUGCAAACACCCUUAGCAAUGGAACCCUGUUUUAAAAACAGCUUCUUAAGAUUACCCAAAUCAUGGGACCAGAAACUAACUUUGGAGCAAAACCCAACAAUUUUGGACCUUUUGGAUCUAGUCAGUACAAUGCUGAAUAUUGCUGUCUGUUCUCAUUUGCAUUCUGAGUUCGGGUUUCUGGUAUAAUUCUGGAACCAUGUGUUCUUGGACUUACUUUCUCCAUUUUGGAUAAUAGGUGCAGAGUUUCACAGUACUUUGCCUUACCACAUGUGUUUGUUUUAGUACUUUAUAUUGACAUAACACUUAAUCACCAUGUUCAUGACAUCAAAAAGUUGAAAUUUUAAAAAUCAUGUUUGUGUUUUAGUUCUUUUAAGGUCACAGCUUAUGCUUUGGUUUAAAAACUUGUGUUUAGGACAAUUCUCAGUUGGUUAUGGUACUUGCAGGAAGGCUAGGUGAAGUCUGAAACCAGAAGCCUUUCUAUUCUGGUUGCAUAUUGAAAGAAGAAUUCUGGGGAAAUUGUGGAAACAUAUUUACUUAGAAUAGAUGUGUCCAACCCAAGGACCUGAUUGAGAUAUGCAGAUGAUGUACAGUCGUAAUUUUUGAUCUCUCCACAGCUUUAUUAGUACAUCCUACUUAUACAAACCUAGAGACUGACAUCUGAAAAGACGUCCAUAUUUUGCUGUUAACACUCAUAGUGUUCAUUAUGAUCAGUUGUUUUCUCUGGCACUCAAUGAGACACUGCAACUUUCAGUCAUUAUUGUAGCAUUUAACCACUUGAGUGCUAUCUAUUUAAGGAGACAGUGUACACAGUAUGCAGAAAUAAAGAGCAACCCUUGCUCAAAUUACACCUUGCAAAUCUAGCUGUUUUGUGAAACACAUUACUGGCUGCUUUCCCUUUAAACAGUUAAGCCAAGAUGAUUUAUUUAAAAAAAUAUUCUCCCAUUUACACAAUUGAUAAUCAGCGCAUUCGGUUGGACACUUUUAACAAAACAAUAUGUAUAGAAUCUCGCUCAAAUAAUUAUCAGCUAAUACAGGUUUAUUGCAGCGAUUCAUUUAACAAAGAUUUUACUCUCAAAAUAGGAUUUGUGAGCCAUCACUCCAGUUCAUAACAAACCGGUUUUGGAUGGAUCUGACUUGUUGAGAUACAAUGUAAAUAAAUUAUUGGGGUUCAGUAAAACACCUUGGGAGAUGGAACUGUUAUUAAUGACGUUAAACCCUGUAUUAUAUAGGGCAGGGCUAUACAACCAUAGGCACUGUAGAUAUUGUGGACUACAUCUCCUAUAGUGAUCAUACAGCCAUAGUGCUGGCAAAGCAUCACGGGAGAUGUAGUCCAAAUGAUCUGGAGUGCAGAAGGUUGCCUCCCAUACUUCACUACAUAUAUUAUAGUAAAGUGAUUUCAGACACCAAGCAUAGUAAAUAAUCUUCUUUAAAAUCUAAUUAUUGUGUUUAUUUUUUUUAAUUUAUGCGUAAAAAUAUUUUUGCUUAGUUUCCAUUACAUUUUACAAUGCAAAGCAAAUACUUGGAUCUUGCUGCUGCAAUAAACACGUGGGUUUAUUUUAAGUUAUUUAAAUAAUUUGGGGAUGUAAAGGUUUAAGGACAGAUACAUGUCUCAUAUUUUAUACAUUGGUAUUCACCUCUAUGUAUUUUAUUUAUUGAAAAAAAAACCAGCAAAUUCCGCUUAAUUUACAAAUUAAUUUGAUCAUUUUAUUUGGAAACAUUCUAGCAAAGAAAAUGUGUUUUCUUUUGAACUAUUUUGCCUUGGCAAAACCACUUUUCCAUUAAACGGAUCACCACUUGGUUAAUAAAGCCCUAUGUGUAUUUGUUUUUAGAAUUAAUAUUUAAUAUACAUUUACUUUAUAGAACACAGGGAUAUAAAAUCAAAGAUCAUCACAUUUAUCUUUUAUAUGUAGACUGUAAUGAAAGGACACAUUUAAAAAAAAACAGCUUUUAAUGUAUUCAUUUUUAAGGGGAUCAUAUAUUCUAAAUACAGAAUACUAUCACUAUCAUUUUCAUACAGUGAACUCCAAUAUAUGUGUCAAUACAGGAAAAUAUACACAGUUUGCAUAAAACAAAAUUAUGGAGGCUCAAAUGGACUCUUCAAAUUCCUCUUUCCGUACUAAUGAUAUAUUAGACAAAUACUGCAUUUUUAUUUAAUGCUACACAAUGCCAUAUUUUUUACUUUGAUAUAAAAUUUAUGUUAUCCCAAACCCCAAUAUUAAGAUAGAUUGAUUCCUCUUGUAAAACUAAAUGUAAUUACAAUUAGCUCAAUUAGACACAUUUUAUUGAAUUCAUUACUCGUUCAUUAUUCGUUACUUGUUGCAUUACUAGCAGACCUAACCACUUUCAAAGAUUUCUGUUGGACUACAUUGUGACAUUAGUAUUAAAAUCGAUUGAACACUCUGAAAAACUGUAAUUAACAGAGAACCUAUGGGGAAUGAACUUGUGUUAUAUGUAUUCAGGGAGGGGGCAUAUCAUAUGAGUUAAGUCACUAAACUGGAGUUCUUAUACCAAGGUAAGAUUUUCUACGAACAAAUGAACCGAUCACCGAAAUAUUUGAACUCGGCCGAAUUGGAGAUUGUUUACCCCAGUCGGAUAUUUUUGACAAAAAUUUACAAGCUUGCAUUCAGACCUUAAAAUAUCGUACUUUUCGCUGUAUUUGUUGCAAGUGAUCAAAGGAAUAAAUUAGUUUAUUGAAGAAAUAUUCUCAAGUUUUUUUUUUAAAUUUAGUUAUUUAUAAUAAAGAUAUUUUGCGAAGUUAAUUAGAAAUAGGUAACCCAUUGCUAAAUAUCGAAUAUUACAUCCAGAUUAAGGUAAAGUCUCAGAACCUCAAUUUAAAUAAUUAUGAUUAUUUUAAAAGAGAGAACCUUAGGCUAUAUUAGUGACCCGAAUAAAGGCUAAGUAUUUAGCUGCUCCCCACUUUAUAGCUAAAUGACAGGUUUGACAUAUAUCCCAAACACUGGAACACCCAACACUCUCAGCCAGACAGCCUUUAGUAGAAUAGAAUGUUGAAUUAUCUCAUUGGUCGUAUUUACAUUAGUGUUUGCAAACACAAAAGAGGGCACUCAUUUCACUGUUAGACUGUUAGACUUUUCCCAGUCGUUACAUUAAAGUCGGAUUCAUUCACAUUACGACAUCAGUGACAAAGUUUCCAUUUUUUAUAAAACUGCAAGUGUUUUUUUUUGUUUUUGUUUUUUAAAUCUCUGUUUACGUUUUGCACCUGGCUCCUUUAAUGCAAUGUAUGUGUUACGUUGCCUAACGUUUUUUUUUUUUUUUUUACAAAUUAUUGUUGAUGUCCAUAUGCUAUUUUCCUAUUAAUAGUUUGUGACCUCCCGAAAUGAAAAGCGCAUGCUAUUUGUAAAUAAAUAAAUACAUAUAUACGCCUAGUUUUUGCUUUGCUAACUUGCUUUAAAUUGCCAUACCUGCUUUCUGAAAGGUGAGUUUUUUUUUUUUUUUUUACUGUGCCCUAGAUAGCUACAGUGAUACAUUUUAUUUUCUACUUGCCCUUUUGGCGUUUCACUCAAUCUGUGCUGUUGCUUAGCAACUGUUCAACUCUUGUUAUGCCAUAGAGCAGGUCCAGGACUUCGAUAUGCAUAAGAUGUCAAUGUUCAUAUCAGCUUAGUCCCCCCUCUAAAAAAAUAAAUAAAAUAAAGUGUUUAGGGGUUUAUUCACUAAACGGGACUUGAAAUAGCGUGAGGUUUUAGAUUAACCUCUUAAGGACACAUGACAUGUCAUGAUUCCCUUUUUUUCCAGAAGUUUGGUCCUUAAGGGGUUAAAGUAAGGUACGAAAAUAGAAUCUCCUUGUUGUUUUUGUCCGGUCGUCCCUAGAGUAGUUUUUGUUGAAUUACUUGAUGAUUACCUAUUGACAUUUGAUUUUUUGAAAUCUCUAAAUAAUAACGAAAUAAAACCCGAAUACCCAAUUCAGGCUAAAUUAGUCAAGUUAUGACUGAUUGUUUCUGAGCUUAACAUAUUUUUUCCCCCAAAUCAGGUAUUUUGCCUUCAUUUUGCAUUUCAUUACCAUUCACAGUUUAAUGAUUUACACAUUUAUUUUUACACAAGAAUCCAAUGGCAAUUAGUAUCCAUGUUAGCACAGCAUGGUGUUCUAUUUGUUCGUAGAAUGUGGUAGGUAUAUUAAUAUAAGCCCUUUAUUUUAGGUGGUAUAAUCAAUUCUAAGUCAGUCUAGUUUCCCUACAUGUUUUAACAUAGUCAAUAGAACCUAUCAAUUGUUCCUGGUCAUAAAACUGUCUGUUUCUACAUAUGCAUAGGCUGUGCCUAUUCCACACUGUGACUUAGCAUAUCCUGCUUGGAAUGUUGCAAUGAAGAAUAGGCAUACUAAUCUCCGCAGGAUAAGGCAUUAUUGGGGGUUGGGUAGAUUCAUCCUGUAUAAACUCUUACUGAAGGACGCUGUUCCCCCUAAGCACAUUUUUUUGAAAUCUCUUCAGCCCUGAAUCAGUUAAAAAAAACACCCUUUGUAUAAAGUAACAAUCUGUAGGUGCAUGGUGGAGCGAAAUCUAGUAAUGGUUUCUUUUGUCAACUUUAUUCUGUCUGUGUUUACUGAGAGGAAUACUGCUGAAGGACAGUCUCCACUCUGAUUGGUUUAUUUGAUAUCUUUAUUUUCCUAGACCAGAAGUUUUCUGUAUUUUAUAUCAAAAGUUCUAAAUAACUGUUUAAAGACAUGAAUUUACAUUUUACCAAUAUUUAUAGCAAGUGUCUUAUGUAAGGAGAUUUUACAAUUAUGUGUCUGUUCACCAAUGUACAGCGUAAAGAAUUCGCUGGCGCUUUAUAAAUAAUAAAAUUUAAGGAAAUUCUGCAAAUAGAGAACUGAGGCUACAAAGUAUGCUGUUCAAACUGUGCACCUGCCAAUUGCAUAUAGGCAGGGCACUAUUUAUUAUUAUUAUAUUAUUUAUAAAGCGCUGGCAAAUUCCAUAGCACUGUGCAAUUAUUUGACUAACAGACACAUAAUUGUAACCAGACAAGCUGGACGCACAGGAACAGAGGAAUUGAGGGCUCUGCUCAAUGAGUUUACGUGCUAGAGGGAGUGGGGUAAUAGUGACACAAAGGGUAGAGGUAGAGGUAGAAAAGAAGGUUGCUAUAAAAGCAGCGCUGUAUUUCCUACGAGGCUAACAAGGCAUUUGCCUUGGGCAGCACAUUUUUGCCACCCGCUAUGUGCAUAGGCAGAUGCCCUGUUAGGAUCUUUCGGGGGGGGAGCCCAAGAGAUGGCCGGCUGGCCAUCUUUUGGGCCGCCCUGAGGCUUUUAGAUGCUUAAUUUGCAAGGGGGGGAGGAUGGGGUGCAAGGGAGUACUCUCCCCUGAGCUCUUCCUGCUCAUCUCCCUCGCAUCCAGCAGUGAUACCGGGAGCCGGAAUAUGACGUCACUCAGGCUCACGCAUCACUAAGCGGCGUGCGAGGGAGCCGAGCAGGAGGAAUACAGCACCAUGGCUGCAUCCACUGUGUGUCAGCCUGCCUGCAUGAAGCCCAGCAGUCCUGAAGCAGACAGCCCAGCAAGCCCCACUGGACCCCAGGGAAGAAUCCACUUCAGCUCUCCCAAAGGUAGGGAGGCUGGGUGGAUUAAAAUAAAAAAGCAAUAUUUAUAUACUUUGUGAGUGUGAGACAAUGAGUUUGAGUUUGUCAGUAUCAGAGUGUCUGCCAGUGAAUGUGUGUGUCUGUGAGUGUAUAUCUGUGAGUGAGUGUGUGUUUGUAAGUGAAUGUAUGUGUCUAUCAGUGUAUGUUGGUGAGCGAGUGUGUAUCUGUUAGUGAGUGUGUGUUUGUAAGUGAAUGUGUGUGUGUCAGUGUAUGUCUGUGAGUGUGUGUUUGUAAGUGAAUGCGUGUGUCUUUCAGUGAAUGUAUUUCACUAAAUGUGUAUCUGAGAGUGUGUGUCUGUCAGUGAGUGGUGUGUCAGUGUGUGUCUGUCAGUAAAACUGCAUGUUUUUCUUAAAGGGACACUGUAGGCACCCAGACCACUUCAGCUCAUUGUAGUGGUCUGGGUGCAGUGUCCAUAUUGUACUUAGUGCUGAAAUGUAAAACCUUGCAGUUCCAGAGAAACUGCAAUGUUUACAUUGCAGCACUAAGUCUGCCCACAGUGGCUAUCAGACAGCCACUAGAGGUAGAGGGCUUCCUGGAUUGAAACGGACCUUAGGUCCAGUAUCUGACGCUGGACUUCCUCACGUUCUGCAUGAGGACACCAAGUGUCAGAUAAUUAGGGCCGCCACCAUUUUGGGGCUCCUAACUCAGCUUAGCGUCUGGGCCCCUUGGGGCCCGCCUCCAAAUCCAACCCACAGGGUCCGCCUCCAAAUCCCGCCCACAGGAAUACACACAGACACAAACACACACACUGAUACAAAAGGACACAGAUACACACACACACAGAUACAUACUAACAAACACAUAGUGAAACAGACAUACAUGCAUGAGUACAUACAGACACAUACAUACAUACAUACAGACACCGACAUACAUACACACAUACAUACAUUUAUAAUGACAUACAGACAUACAUACAUUCAUACUGGCAUACAUACAUAUAUGCAUACAGACACUGACAUACAUACAUACAUACACAGACAUACAUGCAAAUAUACAGACAUACUGACAGACAUACAUACAUGCGUUCAUAAUGACAUGCAGACAUACAUACUGACAUACAGACAUACAUACUGACAUACAGAUAUACAUUGAUACUGGCAUACAUACAUACGUUGAUACAUACAUACUGACAUAUAGACAUAGAUUGAUACUGGCAUACAUACAUACAUUGAUACAUACAUAAUGACAUACAGACACACAAACAUAAAAAGCUUAUUUUUCAGCCACCCUCCUGUCUCUUACCCUUUCUUUGCAGGAGGGUGGCUGGGGCUGACUCUCCCUCUUCAUGGCCUGGCUCUCCCUCUUCACGGCCACUUCCUCCCAGCAGCACUUGCUGCGGCUGCGUUUUUUUUUUUUUUUAAAGGGGCCCGGUCACUCUAUAACACAGCCACAGCACUGACCGGGCCCCUGAAGAUAUAGGGCCCUAAGUGCGUGGGCCACCUGAUGGGCCCCAUCAGUGUGCGGGCCCCAGAGAAACUACACCGGCGGCAAUUCCGCCGCUACACGUGGGGGCCAGGGCCGUCGGCCCAUGACAACCGUCAUGGUUGUCACUCCCUGAUGGCGGCCCUGCAGAUCAUUCCCCAUAGGAAAGCAUUGAUCCAAUGGGGAGGUCUAAUGCACGUGCCGCAUUUGCCGUACAUGCGCAUUAGCGCCCGCUCGUUGAAGGGGGCUAAGCAUUAGUAAAUAAAGGGGAUUUAACCCUUUAUUUACCAGGGAGCGUGGAGGCAUAUGGAGUUAUAGUGUCAGGAAUACAGCUUUGUAUUCCUGGCACUAUAGUAUGCCUUUAAAAAGGUUGGGGCAUAUUUAGAUUGGGGGUAUCUGAGUUUUAUCAUGCCUUCGGCAGCACAUAUCCAAAAUGCACCACUAUAGAAAAGUAUUCACUGAAGGCUUAGUAGGUUGUAUUUGACAGUUGCAGGAGAGGAGGGAAACCUCUUAACUGUUUGAUGGUUGAAGGAGUAAAGGCUGUGUGAAAGUCUAACGGAGAAGGGAAAGAAGUUCCACAGGAACGGUGCACCCCUGGAGAAGUCUUGAAGGCGAGCAUUAGAGGUGGGAGUACGGACAGAGAAUAGAUGUAGGUCUUCAGCAGAGCGCAGGGGCCUAGACGGGACAUAAUUGUUUAUUAGGGAGGAUAGUUAGGUUGGAGCAGCAUUACGUAGAUAUUUGUAAGGAAGCACCAGAAUCUUCAAUUGAGCCCUAUAUCUUACAGGAAGCCAAUUGGCAAAAACUAUAUUGGAAAAUAUGUGUGCUUGUUAUAUAUUAUUUAUAUAGCACCAACAAAUUCCACAGUGCUGUACAUUUGAUGGACUUACAAACAGGAGCAGAAGAUGCUAUGCUCCCUUUCUACCUAACCAUCAGCUCCACCACGCAGGCUCGCUGCCUAGGUGUUCUCUUUGACUCCAACCUCUUCUUCAAGCCUCAUGUUCAAUCUAUCGCCAAAUCCUGUCAUUUCCAUCUCAAAAACAUUGUACGCAUCCGCCCCUACUUAACGCCAGAUUCGACUAAGGUGUUGGUCCAUUCCACUGUCCUUUCUCGCCUUGACUACUAUAAUCUGCUUCUCAGUGGUCUUACAUGCUCCCAACUUACGCCGUUACAGCCCAUAAUGAAUGCGGCGGCGAGGCACAUCUUCCUGUCUGCCCGCACCUCCCAUGCCUCACCCUUCUGUCAGUCCCUACAUUGGCUUCCUAUAAAAUAUAGAGCUCAAUUUAAAAUUCUGGUUCUUGCUUUCAAAUCUCUACAUAAUGCUGCUCCCACCUAUCUAUCCUCCCUUAUACACAAGUAUGUCCUGUCUAGGCCCUUACGAUCUGCUGAAGACUUACGUCUAUCUUCUGUCCGUACUCCCACCUCUGAUGCUCGCCUUCAAGAUUUCUCGAGGGCUGCACCGUUCCUGUGGAACUCGCUUCCCUCCUCCGUUAGAUGCUUACCCAGUCUCCACUCCUUCAAAAAAUCGUUAAAAACCCACUUCUUCAUAAAAGCGUAUCAAUUAAACUGUUAAUAGCGCCUGACUGAUUCCUCUUCUGCAACUGUCACUAGUCUAAUACUAUCCUUACCUUUUUGUGUCAUUUUACCCCACACCCUCUAGCAUGUAAGCUCAUUGAGCAGAGCCCUCAACCCCUCUGUUCCUGUGUGUCCAACUUGUCUGGUUACAACUACAUGUCUGUUCGUCCACCCAUUGUAAAACGCUGCGGAAUUUGACGGCGCUCUAUAAAUAUCAUAAUAAUAAUAACACUGUGAAGGAGGCUUUUAAAUACUACAUAGAUAAGAGUAGCAGUGACUGUCUUGUAGAGUUGUGUCAGCUAAGCACAUACUGUUUGUUACAUGGGCUAAGCAGUGUAGUACAUUGCAAUACGUAUGAUCAUAAAAAUGUCAUGUCAAAAGGGGAGGUGAGGGGUGGAUUUAUGCUAUAGAAAGCUGUCAUUUUAAAAAUUUUCUUUUUUUGAAAUUCACUUAAAGGAACACUGUACUGUUAGGAAUACAUAUUUGUAUUCCUAACGCUACAGCCCUGAUGACCUUUAUCAAUUAGGUUUAAAAAAAUGAAAUAAAUUAAAUAAAUUAUUAACUUUUUCUCCCGUGCCUCUAGGAUAACAGGCGAAUCCAGUGUGCCCACGAUUCCUCCAUACAGAAUCAUUGUAUUCGAUCUGUACAUGUGCAUGACGCCACAAUAUGUUACGGUAUCAGAGCUGGGAAGUAAGAUUCCUGGCUCUCAUACCCAGAGGAUUUGAAGGAGGACAGGUGAAUAGGUCUGCAGGCACUAUAACAACUUCAAUAAGAAGAAGUUGUUAAAGUGACUACAGUGUUCCUGUAAAUUAUGCUGGUGCCCGAAGUAUAACUUUUAAUUAUUUUUAUACAAUUAUUCUAUUAUUAUUAUUUUUAUUUAUUUAUAUAUUUUGGAGAAGGGUUUACAAUGUUUUACAGUAUUUGAAGGGCCAUUAGUGCAAGAAAGAUUUGGCAAAAUUCAGCUUAAUUUAACAAAAAUCUGCUGUAGCUAACCUAUUUUGGUUUAAAUGUUACAAUCUGUUGUCAUAAUGGUUCUCAAUUUAGUGAAUAUACUCCCAGAAUUCUCAAGUAAAAAGCUUACUGAAAACAUCUCAAGUUUCACAAAGUAUUUUAUGUAUGGUAUUUGGGGAAACUUGUAUGUCUGAAAAUUUUGUAAAUGCGUUUUCGUAGACCGUAAAAUUGCUGUAUUUUUUUUCCUUUCUAACUUCGUUUUUAUAAAAGUGUUAAUGAAAUAGGUUAAAUAUAAAUAAUAUUGCUAUUUGUUGAUUUAAAAAAAAAAAAAAUUCUCCUACCCUGUUGCUCGCAUACUGAUUUGCGUGGUGUUGUACAUGACCAUCAGUACACAAAAUCUUAAAUUGUUUUAAGGAACCCUAUAUUAGGAGAUUUUAGGGCACCAUCUAGGACAGACAUGAUGUAUUUUAUUGUACACAAACUAUAGUAGGCAAAACAUAUGGUCAUAUUUUGUAAUAUAUUUUUAGCACAUCUUUGAACAUAGUUGAUAAUAACUACUUAUUAAAAAUACCACACCUAAUAUUAUCAUUAUUAAACAAAAAAUAUAUAUUAAGUGGUUUCUCCAAACAGCAUCAUGCUGGCACCCAUUUUCUCCCUCAGUCUGCCCUCCCUGCUCUCCCUCCACCUUUGGCAAAGGGAAGUAAUGUCAGCCGUAUAGGAUUGGGCUGCAGGGAUGACUUGGCCUUAGUGCUUUAAUAGAAGUAUGUUUAUUAGCGUGAGGGAGAGGGGCACAAAACUAGGAAGGGUUAGUCUAAGCAAAAACAGUGUUAUCUAAAAACACUUUUUUUGGUUAGGGUAGCCCUUCAAGAUACAAAUAUACAUACAAUUCCAUAGUUUAAAGAGUACAGCAGUAAACAUCAAUAUCUCCAACUUUGGUCCCCCUAUUACUAUUAUUUUAUUAUUUAUGUAGUGCCAGCAAAACAGACGCGUAAAUGUAACCAGACAAAUGGAUGCACAGGAACAGAGGGGUGGAGGGCCCUGCUCAAUGAUCUUACAUGCUAGAGGGAGGUGGGUAUAGUGACACAAAGGGUAUAAGUAGUGGUAAUGAAAUAGGUUGAUUGCAAAGUAAUCACCGAAAACAUAGUAAGUUAUUUUUGAUAGUUGCAGGAGAGGAGUCAUUGUGGUGGGGAUGAAAACCCACUAACAGUUUAGAUGAUAUGCUUUCCUGAGAAAGUGUGUUUUCAAAGAUUUUUUGAAGGAGUGGAGACUGGGUGAAAGGCCCAGAGGUGUCAGGAUGAGUAGUAUAAAGUAUCUAUUCAGUUUUUUUACUUUUUCGGAUUUCAAAAGCAGAUAAGGUCCUGGAUGGUUAGAGAGUUAAAACUAACAGGAAUUGAGGAGAUGCAGGAAAAGAACAUGGUUAAUUUUUUUUUUUUUACUUACAAGGGAAAAGGUCAAUACCUUAAUAAGUUGAAACACCAACACUUGUGGAGGAGAAAUAUGUAGAAAUAGAUGGUGUACAUACCAUCUGUAGCUUUGCCAGUUUCAGGAGCCCCCACAUCUUUAUUCCAGGAUUCCUACCAAGUAGGCCCACUGAGCACAAAAUUGCACAGACAGUUUGAGCAUGCAUAAAUUCGCAUAUAGUGUUGUACGGUUGGUAAUCCCACUGUCAUGAAUGGAUUAAUUAGCAGUUUAGGAAUACUUUGCCUUAUACACAUUCAGCUAUUUGAGACUUCGGCUAUAUUAUCUUUACACUUGUACAUGUGUUUCUAAACAAUAUCUACAACACAUUGUUUACAGCUUUGAGAACAACAGACUAUUCUGUACAUGUAUCUGUUACAAAACUAGUAUUUAAUUUUUUUUUAAAGUUGAUUAUUAUUAUUAUUUUUUUUUUAAAGACAAUAUUUUAGGCAAAGUGGAAGCAGCAAUAAAACCAAAAUAAACGUUAUCUCAUUACAUGCAUUCUGCCUUAUCUAAAGUGAAAACCUCAUGACAAAUACAUGUCAUUUUUUGUGUGCCCUGAACCACUUUAAACAUGAGAAAGAGCUGCCUUACUGCACAACUAGACUUCACUAUACUAGUGCCAUAUAACUGCAAAUUGUCUCUACAGGUUGGAGCAUUAAUGUAAUGAUCUAAAAUUAUACUCGGAUAGGUUAUCAGUGAUAUGAAUGUAUUAAACUUGAACUUUCGAGUUCUCAAGACACUAACGGAAAGAAAAGGGGACCAGAAGAAAAGUCCACUCUUUCCCAAACAAAGAGCUGGAUUCUAUUAAAAGAGAUAAACCUAGCUCUGGUAAUGGAAAAUGAGUUCUCUUUUUGACAAAUAUUGGACAUGUCAAUCCAAGUAUAAGACAAAUGCAUAUGUCUUAUAGACUCUAGCCUUCAACAUGCAGGGAGUGUAGGCAAAAUGAAGCAGGAGGGAUCCUUAAGCUCAGGUGUAGGGCAAAAUCUAACAAGGCCAUCUUCUUAUACCCCUUGUAGAUGUGUUUGCAAAUAACACAGGGUAUGUACUAAUAACCCUUUAGAUUCAGAGACUUUUCACUAAUUCUGGAUUACAUGAGUCAAAUGUUCUAGGAACAGUUUAUUCAGUGAAACUUCCAUUUAGAUUAUUUAUAUUACAUAUUGCUGAAUGUAUUCUAACAAACAAAAGUAAAUACCAUGUCCUAAUAACGUAAUGAGAAGAAACAUAAUGAUAUAUAAUAAUACAAUAGCUAUCGACUUCACACAGUUUUCCAUAUGAUUUUGUGAUAAAACUAUUUAGCUGUCUUUGCAUAUGUAUUGCUUUUUAAAUUUCUGUCCAAUCACAGUACCAUUGUCUGUCUCUUGUAACCCACUGCCCAAUAAUUCUGAUAACUGUUUAGGUGCUGUGAUGUUUUUGGGAGUAAUCAUUUUUGGUGCAUGAUUUGGUUACAUUUAGACUUGGAGUUUAUGAAUUCAGUUUGGAACUUAAUGGAUCUCCAAGUCUAAAAUGUUCUACUCAUUUGGGAGGAAAGUGCAUUGCUUUUUGCUAAGUGACAUUUUUUUUCAAUGGCUGUUUGGGGGUCUUCUGUCCUUUAAAGAAAACGUGAAAAAUGGUGAAGUUAAGAAACGUCAUACCAAGUCAAAAUAUCUAUGUCAAGGUUUUUCUUGUAUAUCAUGUGGAUUUACAUAGUCUGGGGCAUUUAUGUGAUUGCCUGUAUUGAGCCUAGCCACUUAAUAGGACAGGGCAGGCACUCACAUUAUUAAUUUCUUGAUCUUAGUCUAGUGUAUAAUACCUUGUGUUUCUCAGAAAGCAUCAUUGAUAACUCGAUAAAGUCUUAGCAACACACCUGCAACCUCAUUUGAUAGUUUGAAAUGUCAUAGGCUUUUUAUGCUAAAAUUAUUGUUGCAAAGUCCUAUAUCGCACCAUACAAGAUAGAUUCAAUAGUGUUUUAAUUUUUUUUUCACAUUACUAUAGCAACUUUGAAAUGUUGCUGCACUUACGUUACAAGGUACCUUUAUUACAAUGUUGCCUCUACGGCUAGGUUAAUGGGCAGGGUGGUAAGAUUAGUGGGUCUUUCACAUUAGGGUUUGAUAGGGUUUGGGGGUUUACAGUUAUAGGUUUUAAGGUUAAAAGGGACAAAGGUUUAGGGAUUUCUGACUUGAAUAAGCUAUGGACUGAAUGAUUUUCAGCCAUUUGCUAACCCUUACUUACCUUAAUUUAAAGAAACACGAUAGGGUCAGGAACACAAAAUGUAUUCCUGACCCUAUAGUGUUAAAACCACAAUCCAGCCUCAUGUCUCCCCUCCCAUAUUAUAGUAAAAUUAUACUUGUAUUCAAGUCUCCAGCUGCUGCAUCUGCCCCUGAUCUGCCUGCUUGGCUAACAUCAUCAGAAAUGAUUAUCUGAGCCAAUCACAAUGCUUUAACAUAUGAAAGCAUUGGAUUGGUUGAGAUUGCCAAGGAGGCAGAUAAUGGGCAGACAAGACAAACACAGCCCUGGCCAAAUCAGCAUCUCCUCAUAGAGAUGCAUUGAAUCGAUCCAUCUCUAUGAGGAAAGUUCAGUGUCUCCAUGCAGAGGGUGGAGACACUGAAUUUCAGUGUUGCACAGUGUGCAGUACUGCCCCAGUAAGCACCUCUAGUAGCCAUCUGAUGAGUGGCCAGUGGAGUUAUCACUAGGCUGUAAUGUAAACACUGCAUUUUCUCUGUGUUUAUUGCAAAAAGCCAGAAUGUAAUAUUUCUACUCACCAGAACAAAUACAAAAAGCUGUAGUUGUUCUGGUAACUAUAGUGUCCCUUUAAACCCCACAACCCUGACCCCAAGCUUCCUGUAAUCCUAACUUUAACUAACUCCAAAUCUAAUACAUGGGGUACACUUCUGUGCACUGCAUUUUGUUGUAUCAUGUACUUCUGCUGCAGGUUGUAACUGCAACACUAUUACUGUAAAUCUUCCCAGCUGUCCAUAUUCCCCGUGACUGGUUUGGUUUGCUACAACUUGUUCAGUUUUGUCUUUCAGCUGACUUUGUAUAGAAAAUAGUUUUUUUUUGUAGUUUUUUGACCCUAUUGUGAAAAACUCUGCAUGUCUUUUUCUGGGCUGGAUGUUCAUCUUUCUUUCUGUUUUGUGUUUUCCACACCAUUCCCUGGGUUUACAUGGUUACAUCUUGUCAGCUCUGAAGCUUUCCAUAUUAGAUAACAUUCUUCCAGGGUAAUUUCAUAUCCCCUCUGCAUAUUAUUAUUAUUUUUUUAAAAUCUCAUAUAGCAUAAACUAUUGUUUUCCAGAUUAAACAGUGAUUUAUUCUACAAACUUCAUAGUUAUUUGCUAGUCUUCAGUGGGUACUUUUUCUCCCAAGACUCCAAAUGAUAUAAAACAAAGAAAAAACUUAAAUCUUUGCGAAAUUGAAAACAUUACAAAACCAAUGUUCCGCAAGCAAAUACUUUGAGAAUAUCUAGACUGCAGGGUAUCAUUAGCAUGUGCUAGAUUAAGGGCCUCCUUGUGCUUAAUACGAGGUGUGAAACCUUGCAAAACAUUACAAUAUCUGUUAUUUCCUUGCCAUUUCCUAAUUCCAUUACCAAUACAAAGGCCCUUUUUUGUGGAAUACAUUUUUGUCUGAUGACUAUAGUGUCCCUUUAAGGGCAAAAUUAACCAAUUUGAUCUUUAACCCCUUAACCCCUUAAGGACACAUGACAUGUGUGAUAUGUCAUGAUUCCCUUUUAUUCAAGAAGUUUGGUCCUUAAUGGGUUAAGAAUGGUGGGCGUUCUAUGCCGUCAUUUUUAGGGUUGCUCUAAAUGCUCGGGGGCAUCAUAGAACAUCCCCGCUGUCCUUAUUACUUACCUGAUCGCCGCCGUUCCCCCCGCCGGCGAUCACUGUUGCUCCCAGUCUGGGGGACUGCCUGACAGCCCAGACAGUCCGCCCUCGGCAAAUUAAGCCCCCGCGGGCCAUGUGUUUGCUCUGAAAGACAUCCAUAGUGCUGUCUGCAGGGUGACUGCCUGGGUUGUCAGGCAGUCUCCCUGCUUCUGUAAAAUAAAAAAAAUAUAUAUUAGUAAAUAAAAAGAAUAUAUAUAUAUAUAUAUAUAUAUAUAUAUAUAUAUAUAUAUAUAUGAGAUAUAUACAUAUAUUAUAUCUAUAUAUAAUAUGUAUAUAUAAUCUUAUAUAUAUAAUGUCAUACUAAGUGUAUUUUUAUAUUAAUAUAUGCAUAUAUUAAUAUAAAAAUACACUUAGAAUUAAAUUACACAUGUGUAUAUAUAUAUAUAUAUAUAUAUAUAUAUAUAAUAUAUAUAAUAACUAUAUAUAUUGUAUAUAUAUUAUUAUAAAAAAUAAAUAAUAAGUAAAUAAGAAAGUGUAAAAAAAAUUAUAUAUAUAUAUACAUAUAUAUAUAUAAUUUUAUUCUAAUUGUAUUUUGUUAUUAACAUAUAUAUAUUUAUAUCAAAACACACUUAGAAUGAAAUUAUAUAUCAAUGUAUAUAUAAAAAUAAUAUGAAAUAUAUAUAUAUAUAUCCAUAUACAUAAGUACAGAAAUAAUUUCAUAAAUAUACACGUAAACUUAAAAUAUAUAAAUAUGUAUAUAUAUAUUUAAAUUCUACAUGCAUAUUUAUGUAAUAUUUUUACAUAAUUAAGUAAUUUUAUCGAUUGCAAUUUGAGGGACCUGCCUGACAACCCAGGCCAAAAGUCCAGAGAAUUUAAUUUGCUAGCACUGUAUUUAACCCUGUAACUUGCUAUGACACCCUACAACAUGUACAUGGGGGGUACUGUUUUACUCUGGAGACUUUGCUGAAUAGAAAUAUUAAUGCUUGAAAACAGUAAAACAUAUCACAGCGAUGAUAUUCUCAGUGAAAGUGACUCUUUUUGCAUUUUUCACACAUAAAUGGCUCUUUCACUGAUGAUAUAAUUGUUGUGAUAUGUUGUACUGUUUUGAAACACUAAUAUUUGUGUUCAGCAAACUCUCCCAAGUAUAAAAGUACCCAUCCAUAUACAAGUUUCAUAUUGUUUUUGAAAGUUACAGGGUCAAAUAUAAAGGUCAAAUGUUUUUACAUUGAAAAUUGCCAGGUUGGUUAUGUUGCCUUUGAGCACGUAUGGUAGCCCAGGAAUGAGAAUUACCCCCAUGAUGGCAUACCAUUUGCAAAAGAAGACAACCCAGGGUAUUGGAAAUGGGGUAUGUUCAAUCUUUUUUAGUAGCCACUUAGUCACAAACACAGGCCAAAAUUAGCAAUCCUAAUUAUUUUUUGCAUUUUUAACACACAAACAAAUAUAAAUACUAACUUUGGCUACUGUUUGUGACUAAGUGGCUACUAAAAAAGACUGGACAUAACCCAGGGUAUUCAAUAUGGGGUAUCUACUUUUGCAAAUGGUAUGCCAUCAUGGUGGCAAUUCUCAUUCCUGGGCUACGGUACAGUCUCAAAGGCAACAUAAGCAGUCUUGCAAAUUUCAAUGUGUAUAAACUAAAAAAUGAAACAUGCAAUAUUUGACCCUGUCACUUUCCAAAACACCAUAAAACCUGUCACCAUAAAACCUGUACAUGGGGGGUACUGUUGUAUUCGUCAGACUUUGCUGAAUACAAAUAUGUGCAUUUUAUUGCAGUAAAAGCUAACAGCAUUAUGACAUUCACAGUUAAAAUGCCACGCAGAACAAAACAAAUUAAAAAAAAAUAUUUAAUUUCUCAAAUUUUUAAAUUAUUCAUAAUAAAUUAUUUUUCAUAUAUGAAUAGUUCAUGUGAAAUGAAAGUCCUGUUUCUCCUAAUCAAAAUGAUAUAUAAUAAGUGUGGGUGCACUUAAUAUGAAAGAGGUGAAUUAUGGAUGAACAGACAUACAGAGCAAAUUUCAGUUUUUGUUUACUUUUUGUUUUGAUCACAACGUGUACAAUUGGAUCAGUCCUUAAGGGGUUAAUGAUCUCUCCUCACUUUGAGGACAAUGAUUCCCAAUCUAGUCCUCAAGGUACACCAGUAGUGCAGGAUUUAGGAAUGUUCUUGUUUAUUACUGUUUCAAUGAGAUACUGACCAAACUUGGACUAGUUUCAUAGCAUGAGGACUCAGAUGGAAAUCCCUGCACUAUAGCAGUUACCACUCCAAGCUCAGCUGCCAAGUACUUGUAACUGUAUCACUGGUUUUGGGCCAUAUUUGACUCCAAAAAGGUCUUGAGGACAGUGGAUAUGCAGACCAGGGAAUCUGAUGUUUGUGGAUUUUGAUGCAAUAGGCACAUUUCUAGCAGCAAACAUUAAAGGUGGACCUGCAGAAUUUCCUGGUGGUGAUACAGGUGAUGGAAUCGCUAGUGGUUCUGGAGGUGCUGUGGUAGAGAGUAUGAAAUUGGUGUAUAUGUGUGCCAAUGACGUAUAAAAUCAAGGAUCUCCUUUUUUUUUUUUUUUUUAUACCUCCUGCAUAUAUGAUACCGAAGUUUGUAUAUAUGAUCCCAAGAAGCUGCAUUGCAGCCUGCUAUGGUUGACAGUACUGCUUGGUGUUGUACUCAACUCCAUUGUUGGGAGAUGGAGUGGUCAUAUUCUUGUACAAGAAAGGCUGCUCCGGCCAAGGCUUGUUGUUAAAGUGUAAGAAUAUCCACCAAAAAUAAUGCUUCAGUGUCAGCUGUGCCAGCUCUUCCAAGUACCAGACAUUAUGCCUUUGUGUCAAUUUUGCAUCAUUUGCAUAAUUUGUUUACACAUUUUUGUUGUUUUUGGUCUUUGCCAAUUUCAUUCUAAUACUUGUUGCUUCUAAAAUGAUACAGAUUCAGGUGCUGGAUUUUAUUGUUUCUCUCUAUCCUUUGCCAUAGUGUCAAAGUGAUGCAGGAUUUUGACAUCAGGGCUUGAUCACAUUUAAGUCAAAACCAUUUUUGGAUUGGUUCCCUUUCGUGGUUCUUGUUGCCCUACCAUAGUUAUUUAAUUGAUUUUCUGGUUUGGACUAGGCUUAGGUCUUUCUGGAAUCCCUGACCUGGCUAGUCCUUACCUGAUUAGUUCCAACCCUGAUUUUGUUUAUUUUUUGUUUUUUCCUGCUUUUGACUUUUUCCCCAUUUAGUAUUUCUGGCCUUGGAGUCAGUAUACUAGUUCUGCUACUUCCUAUAUCUGCUGUAAGUGUUUAACCUGGUCUGGUAAUAUGCCUUUCUAUUUCUGCCACUGUGUUUUUUGAUCUGUGUUGAUCCAAUCUAUUCCUGAUAGAUACCAGCAGGUGUUUGUACUGUAAAUGACUUAAUAAUCAAUACAUUUUCAGAUUCAAAACUUUGACCAGUAUAACGCUAAAUUUAUAUAGAUUAUAUAGGUUAUUAACAACAACAACAACAAAAAACCCUCUAUUUUCAUUGGUGAAAAGGGUGUCCUAUAAUGCAGGAAUGGUCUGUACCAUGACCAUGUUUUCAAUAUUGGCCAACAUGUGCCCCUUUCCCCCUCAUAUGUGGACUGGAUAAUGCUUCCCUAACUCCCUGACUGUCAUUUCUGUCUGCAUGGAUGUGCCUGCCUCCAUCCCUUUUCCAUGUUAUGACCUCAUGUGCCAACACCUCGGUAGGAUCCUCUCCAGCCCUUUUUAGCCUACACACUUCUAAAGUGUCCAUACUCUUCUGUUCCUUCUCAUCUACUGAUCCCUUCAUCCUCUUUACCUCUCUUUACCUCUCCCCAUCAUGUGGUCUCCCUGCCAUCUACUCUCCCCUUCACUCCCUUUUCUUUCUUGUCCCUCUUUCCUCUACUUUUCUCCAGUGCAUCUCCUCACCUCCUCUCCGGCCAUCUAUACUCCUCCUCUUGCACUCUCCCCCUUAAACACUCACACUCUCUCUCUCUUCCUGGCAAACAAUUGCACUAUCAAAUACACUGUCAAAAAAAUAAAAUAAUAAUAAAAAAAUCUAUAAAAUGCAUUGGGUAACAAAAAUCUAAUUGUCUUGUCUAUCUAAAUGUAUUGAUGUGUUUAUGUGAUAUUUACAAAAUUGUAUUUUUUAUGCAAUAAUGAUCUCUAAAUUUCCAGCAUUAAUAGUCAUUUCUCCCUUGAUUUUGUGUCUAGUCCUGUGCCCUAGCAAUCACAAACACAGACAAGAUAUGACACAGAUUUAAUAGUUUGUUAUGAGAUUUAAUGUUGAUGAUUGAACUGUACUUGAUUGGUUGCAAGUUUGAAUUUGACCACCAUUAUUGUUUUCUAUAAAUUUGAUUGACUUAGUCAGUUUCUUUAUAUAUAAAUGCUGACUUAUUGCAUGCAAGUGAUUUUUUUUUGUAUAUUGUAGUAUUGAUCUGAGAACAGCAAUCUUCAGUUGAGCUUGAAUCCUGAUUAACUGGAUGGUGGUAUGAUAAUAGGAGGAAUAUCACUUAAACUAAAAAAUGCUUCUAAGUACUUUGUCAUUUUUACAAAUGUUAAUCUAAUACAUUUAGUACACUGUUGUGGAUCCUUUGUGCCUGUUUCUCCAGAUGUCUUACGCACAUGUUUUAACUGUUUUAAAGUUUCUGUCUGUUACAUUCUGUAAUUGGUAGGCUCAUAUUCCUAUCCUGACUAAAGGAACUGGCUCUGGUGUAACCUUAGCAAGUAUGAUACUAGCACUGCAACUGUUAUGGCAUGGAGCAGGUGGUCCCCCUGUAAGAGGGUUUUCCUGGUUUCUCUUUUAGCUCAUUCUUUGGCACCAAGGUCUACUAGAUUGACAAGGGAGGGAAGGACCUAUUUCUUAAUCGACUUUUUUCUCAAUUCCGAUUUCUAGCAUUUCUUCUAUAAGUAGAGAUUACAUUUAAUAAACUUGCAUGUACUAUGACAAAUACACUUUAAUUAGGGAUGCACUGAAAUAAAAAUUCUGGACAGACACCGAACAUUCAGGAUACGUUUGGCCGAAAACCGAAACCGAUAAUGAUUUUUCCCCCCAAAAAAGGGAGGGGGUGACUGGUAACAGUGACUCUGGGAGGAAGUGACAGAGUGACUGAGGGAGGGGUGACAGUGACUGAGGGAGGGGUGACAGUGACUGAGGGAGGGGGUGACUGGUGACUGAGGGAGGGGUGACAGUGACUGAGGGAGGGGGUGACAGAGUGACUGAGGGAGGGUGUUAGUAAUACCUUUGUUUCCCUGGUGGUCCAGUGUCCUGGCUCCCUAGUGGUCCGGUGGGCUGUCUCUCCAGUCUGCAGCUCAGCCGGGUGUGAGCUGCAGACUGUGCUGUAUUAGCAAUAUCCAGAAAUCCUCGCAGCAAUUUUCUGAUUGGCCAGAGAUUGCGAGAUACAGCACAGUCUGCAGCUCACACCCGGCGGAGCUGCAGACUGUGCUGGCUCUCGUGGGCAGAUGGGAUCUCUCGCACCGGCGGCACACAGGGCAAUCCGCCGGGCCCCCUCCCGAUUUUCUGCAUUUUUGACCACCAGCCGAAAUUUUGGUGUAUCCCUACUUUAAAUGCUAUAGCACCAUGCCUAAAUUUGGCAUGACAUUUCUCAAGUCUUCACAGCUUGCUGUUUAAGAAGUUGAUCCCUAUAUUUUGGAAAACAUAAAGUAAAACAUUCUGCAGGUAGCAUGUUGAAAAAAAUGAAGGCAGAAUAAAAAUAAAAUGGAAUGUCCUUCUCAAACUGCCUAGAUCACUUCGCUAAUGGUACAUUCACUGCAAAGCAAGAUUUAUAGAGCUUGCACACACACAUCAUGCAUGCGCACACAUUCUCAGUCAAAUAAAUCUGUCAUGACAGGUUUACUUGAACUGCAAGCAGCCCCUUAAGCGAUCAGUAUAUAAUUUAUCAUGUAGAUAAAUUAUAAAUAUAAUUUCAGUUCAGUUUUUAACUACUUUAGUUCUUUCCAGUGCUGACAGCACUGCAAUCACACAGGCUUACUAAUGUGAACGCCAACCCCACAUCAUGCAUGUGUCCUGCCCAAAACCUACACUGGAAGAGUCUCCAGGUAUUGCUCUUAUAAGACAUUGCUUUUAUGGCUAGUAAACCUGCAACAGUAUGCAGUGACACUUGUUAUCUUUUUACUAUAUUCCAUAUAUAUCAAUGCAGCUACUGUGAUAGGAGCAAUAGAUCUACCAGAAGGAGAGUUCUGUAGGUGGCAUAGCACUCUAUGGACAUUAUUUAUCAACAGAUAGGGAAAUGAAAAUAUCCUUAAAUAAAAUUUUAAGAAAAUGUAUACCGUUUUUAGCAUAGUAACGCUACCAAAAAAAAAUCAAAGAUUAUUUUUUAUGCUAUAUAAUUUACAAAUAUUUUUGUCUUCAAUGAUAGGUACACUUUAAAUCAUUGAUGAAUACAUUGCCAGUCAAACAAACAUAGUGCCUCAAUGGGCAACAAGUAAUAAUAUGAAUGAAAAAUUACUAUACAACUGAGUAGUAGUCAGUGGUGGUAACUUGACAUUCAUGUGCACGUGUAGUUUACAAUAAAUUCUUUUUUACAAGUAAAGGAUAUGCCACCUACAGCUAGCCUACACAUGCUCAGGUGACCAUUUCAUUCAUUCACUUUGAAUUCUCACUUUAGCGAAUAACUGUAUAGAUUUUCAAUGCAGUACAUUGGAGCCACAAAUGCCGUUAUGUAUCCAUAGCCUGCAAAGUACAAAACAUGUCGACUUCCUAAUAAUUGCCUAGCAACCAUACCUAGGCAGUUUUCUGAAACCACUUUAAGACUCCGGCUUCCUUAAAGGGACACGGUAGGCACCCAGACCACAACAGCUAAUUGAAGUAGUAUGGGUGCUGUGACCCUUUUGCACUUAGUGUUGCAAUGUAAAACAUUGCAGUUCCAAAGAACUGCAAUGUUUACAUUGCAGCUCUAAGUCUGCCUUUUGUGGCUGUCUACCAGACAGCCACUAGAGGGCUUCCAGAAUCCAAACAGACUUUUGGCCAGUUAUCUGGCGCUGGACGUCUUCACGGCCAUUCCUGCGCAUGCGCAUUAGGUCUCCCCUGCCGACGUCAGCGCUGAGGGAUAUCGGCGCUGGAUUCAGGUAAAUGGCUGAAGGGUUUUUAACCCCUUCAGCCCUGUGGAAGAGACAGGCGGGGGACGGACCUAUUAACCCUAUAGUGCCAGGAAAACGACUUUGUUUUCCUGGCACUAUAGGAUCCCUUUAAAUUUAGUAUAUGCUGAUUUCAACUAAAAUUACAUGAGAUUUCUUUCCUUCAAAUUUCCAGUUUUGGUCUAUAUUUUGGCAAAUUAGUUGUUUGCUCAGCAAACACAGUAGUUUUGACAUAUGCAGAAUUAAUUGUGUCAAUCAGUGAGUCAAUCAUUUUGCCUAAUAAAAUCAGAAGCUGGAAUUGCUAGAGCAUAACUCUACUUUUAGGAUUAUUUACUAAAGGGAGUUAUUUACAAAAGUAGUUAUAGCUCGACAUUGGUAUAACCCGAUGGUAGCAAAUUCUGAAGAAUUAAAUCAACAGCUAAUAUAUCAGAGAAUGGAGGCUGCUUUUACGUGGUUUAAUUCAGCAGCAGUGAAAAAAAAGUUCUAUCUGCCAAAAAUGGAUGAAGAUUCAUGUUAAUACCCACCAUAGGGUUAUUCUCCCUGAACAAACUUUGUGUCAAGAGAUUGAUAGUUAUUCUUAAUUACUUUCAUAUAGUAAGAAUAUUGGGGAAGCUCACAAUUCUUUUUAUUAGUUCAUCUCCUAUUUUGUUCAAAUCUUUGUAGAUUAUUUCAAGCCUUGGUGUUAAAUAUUCAGAAUUUCACUAAUGACAGGAGGAGAAUAUUUAGCAUACUUCCUUUACUGAAAUCUCCAAUAGCAGCAAAUAAUAAACCAAACAACCAACAGAAAAACAGAAAUACAAGGUAUAUAAAUGCCAGCCCCUCCCACAGAUUUCUUCUUUCUUUGAUGGAAAAAACAAGGUCCAAUGCAAUCCAACAAACAGGAACAAGUUAAACAACAAUGGAAAUCGAACAACCAGAAGAGAAACACAGGUCACGGGCGCAUUUCACUCGAAGAACAGAAAAAUCUUGAACAUAACCGGGACAUAGAUUGAUACUCAAACUUCAAACAAUAUUAAUGCCAUUAUCAAAAAAUAUGCAACUCGGGAAGGCCAAUAAAUAUAUAUCAAUAGCUGGCAAGUAAUAACGCCCAAUACAAUGAAAAGGACAUAUCCAUAAAAUGAACAAUCUCUAAAGGAAAAAACAAAUGAGAGAAAGCAAGAAGGGAAGGUUCCAUAAAGGAUGAAAGGGAGGGAGGAAAGGCUCGUAAUAAUCUAUAAUUUUAAGAUAGGACAGAAGGCUUUAUAUUUUGCGUUUUUAAUGCUGAGAAAGUAAAGAAAACGCAGGGUGAGAAAUAGAGAGAAAAUAAACAGCCAGAAAGGUCGACUCUUAAGACCAACCACCCUAACGUAGACUAUCAUAGAGACUAACUCCUAAUGCCGCAGCACCCGAUUCCGAUGCGACCCCAAACAAGGGAAAACAUACGUCAAUGAAAAUAGCCAACGGAUCCAAUGUGCCAAAGUAGACGCUAAGACAGGAGUAAAUGGAAGCACAUAGGAUAUCAAAGGUUGGCUAAUAGAAAGAGACUGUAUAGGCGUAGUCAUGUCCAGAUAGUGAGACAAAUAAGCUACAACUCAAAGUUUAGGCUAGUAAAGAAAGAAAAGAGAUAUGUUGGACUUAGUAUGACAAGACACCGUUCAGUUGAUUCCAGCACGUGAAAAAACAAAGGCAUCAACUUCCAAAGCCCAAGAUCCGGGACCGAAAAAGUUGAGACAAAAUUUUUAAAAUCAAACUGACCGGAGUCCCAAAGGAGGUUCUGAGAGAGUUGUGAUAAGCCCUCAAUGUUCAAAGAGCCCUUGAAAUCUGUCAAGCCAGCAAGAGGAGCUGGUCCUGCAGAAUGAGAGGAUGAGAAUAAAUAUAUAUAUAUAUAUAUAUAUAUAUGUGCCUAUCAUAUUGAAGCUGUGGAUUCUUCAGUGUUGCUUCAAUGUAUUGGGCUACAAACAGAUUGGCUAUUUGUCGCCCUGGAAUCUCACACCACUAUUUCACAAUGACAGUGCUGUGUUCUCUGCCCAUUAAUAUUGGCACAAUGAUAAGAAUACAAAUUAAUCCAAACAAUUAUUGUCUUUUUUUUUUUUUUUUUGUGUUCAAAAAGUGUAUGAGUGUUCCUAUGCAUGUGCAUGUGUGUGCAUAAAAAUAUAUAAACAUUUUAUUGCUAUGUGUAUGUAUGUAUAUUAUAUAUAAGAACAUAUAUAUACUGUGUAAUUGUGCACACACCUUGCUAUGCGGCCUGUUUACAGCCAUAUUGCUAUGGAGAUAUCCUUUGGAUGAGGUGCUAAUGAAUUGGCUUAUAAGAGUAUGUAACUAGAGAUGAAAUCCAUAUUGUUCCUAGUAAGGAAUUCAUUGUGAAGUAGAGUGAUCAAUUUGUACUGCAGCACAGAGCACAAGGGAUGAGCCUUGAGCCCUUGGCUGUACACUGCUCAUCAUCCAUCCUCCCGCUACUGCUCUAAAUGAUGCCUCUGGGAUUAGGGCAAUUGUAGAGGAUCUGCUCCGCCUCAUUUGGUUACUAAUUGGUUUCUUGUUUUAGAAAUCGAAAUCUCAUUUUCAGGAAAUUACAAAUACCAGGAAGCUAGUCUAUUGAGGUAAUCCAGGGGUCAAGGUGUGUUAAGAUGGAAAUAGAUUUCUCAAAUGCUAGCAUUGUAUAGGAACUGGGAGACUGCUGCUCCAUUUACUCCAAAUGAAACUUACAUGUGUCUGAUUGGACUGUGUGUGUGUGUGUGUGUGUGUAUGUGUGUGUGCAUCGGUGUGAAUGUAAUACAUAACAGACAGUGAAAAUAAUGUGAUCAAGCAGUUUUGGAGAUAUAAGAAACUGAAAGUUGAAUGAUUAUCAAUCAAUCAGAACAUGCAGACAGCAAUAUUUUCUCCUAUUAUAUUACAUGAUAUUUUCAGGUUACUGAGCGUGUUAAGACAUAUUAUUGUUAAUGAUUAGUGUUAGGGUACUCCGCAGGUUAAUGUUUGUUUUUCUUGUAGUGCAGCAAUUAAUGUUUAAUGUAGGGGUUACUGUUUAGUGAUAGUAUUAAUGUAGAGGUUACUAUAUAGUAUAGCGUUUUAGGAUAAUGUAGGAGUUAAUAUGUACUGUUGUGUAGUGUGUUAGGGUAAUACAUGGGUUAAUGUGUAGAAUAGUGUGUUAGGGUAAUGUAGGAGUUCAUUUGUAUUGCAGUGAGUUUUAGGGUAAUGUAGUGGUUAAUAUGUAGUAUAGUGUGUUCAGGGCCGGCCUUAGGUGUUCAGGCGCCAUGUGCGAGCCAAUCUUGUGGCACCCCCCCGACAUCUUUGUUUGACCCCCUCUAGACAAUUUCAGGCACAUUCACGAUCUGUCGCCUGCACCCCCUUCAACAAAACCCUGCCCCCUUCAUCAGUACCCUGCACCCCUUUAUCACCAGUCCCCUGCCCCUUCAUCAGUACCCUGCCCCCCUUAAUCACAGCCCCCUGCCCCCCUGAUCACUAUCCCCCCCCCUUUAUUACUAGCCCCCUCUUCACCAGCCCCCACCCCCUUAUCACUAGCCCCUGCCCCUUAACACUAGCCCCCUGCCCACUUCCAAUAAAAUGCAAUCGUUAUAUAAAAAAAAAAAAAAAAGCAAUAAGGACAAACAAUUACAUUAAAGGCUGCUGCUCCCUGUAUUCAGUUGUCAGUUUUUCCCACUCCGCUGACUCGCAGACUGAAGAGCACCUGCUGCCCUGACACCCACUGAGCGGAUCCUUCUGACUUCGCACCCCCACGCUCCUCCUCCACGCUCCUCCUCCACGCUCCUCUUGCAUUCCAAUUCGGGCCGGUUUGUGAGUGACCAACUGUGAGCUGUGUCGGCCACCUAGCACCCCUGUUGCCAUGGCGCCCUGUGCGGCCGCACAGCUCACACACCCCAAAGACCGGCCCUGGUUACAGUCACACAAAAAGGCAUACAGUCAGGCACAGUUACACAGGCAGACGGUCACACACAGAGUACAGUCUCACGCACACACACACACAGGCAGACAGUCAGACACUGUUACAGACUGUCACACAAAGAGUACAGUCUCAUACACAGGCAGACAGUCAUACACACAGUACAGUCCCACACACACACACACACACACACACACACACGAAGACACUGUUACAGACAGUCACAUACAGAAUACAGUCUCUCACACACACAGGCAGACAGUCACACACACAUAGUACAGUCUCUCACUCACACACACACACACACACGUGCACACAUGCAGACAGUCAGUCACUGUUACAGUCACACACACACACACACACACACACACACAGGCGAAGACGGUCAGACCUUGCUGUGCAGUACACACAGAGUACAGUCUCUCUCGCACACACACACACACACACACACACAGGCAGACGAAGUCACACACACACACACACACACACACACACACAAGCAGACAGUCACACACAGAGUACAGUCUCACACACACACAAGCAGACAGUCACACACACACAGUACAGUCUCACACACGAAGACACUGUUACAGACAGUCACAUACAGAGUACAGUCUCUCACACACACAGGCAGACAGUCACACACACAGAGUACAGUCUCUCACUCACACACACACACACACACACACACACGUGCACACACACACGCAGACAGUCAGUCACUGUUACAGUCACACACACACAGGCAGACAAAUGUGACACUGUUUCACAGUCACACACAGAGUACAGUCCUCCCCACACACACACACACACACACACACACAGGCAGACAGCUCCACACACAGAGUACAGUCCCCACACACACACACACACACACACACACACACAAGCAGACAGUCACACACAGAAAUUACAGUCUCUCUCACACACACACACACACACACACACACACACACACACACACACACACAAGCAGACAGUCACACAAAGAGUACAGUCUCACACACACACACACACAAAAGCAGACAGCCACACACAGAGUACAGUCUCUCUCUCACACACACACACACACAAGCAGACAGUCACACACAGAGUACAGUCUCACACACACACAAGCAGACAGUCACACACAGAGUACAGUCACACACACACAGACAGUCAGACGCUGUUACAGUCACACACAGAGUACAGUCUCACACAAACACAGGCAGACAGUCUCUCUCUCAAUCACACACAGUACAGUCACAAUUACCUAUUUCCCUUAUGGCUGGAAGGGAGGAGUGGAAGCAGGGAUUCUUUUCUGUGCAGUACAGCUUCAGUGCCUUUUAGCCCCGCCUCCUCCAUGCGGUAAGCUCCGCCCCAUAAUUCAGCAAGCCCCGCCCCUUUUCAUAGUUGCCAGUGGAAAAUAAUGAAUCUUCCCCCGGUGACUUCGUUUAGCUCCCCCUGCACUCACUCGGCCAUGUGCGAGCUGUGUCGGCCACAUGGCACCCCCUGCUGCAUGGCGCCCUGAGUGUGGCCCUGAGUGUGUUAGAGUAAUGUAGAGGCUAAUGUAUAGUGUGUUUAGGUUUGUGUAAGGGUUAAUUUGUAGAAAAGCAUGUAAGGGCUGUGCAAGACUUAAUUUGUAGAACAGUGUUUUAAGUUAAUGUAAGGGUUAAGGCAAGAGCUGCUAUGGUACAUAUCUAUCUAUCUUUUAUGUAGGUAUACAUAUAUAUAUAUAUAUAUAUAUAUAUUUUAAAAAAUAUAUAUUUUUAAAAUUUGUCAAAGAGAAUUGGAAGCCUCACUGCCGCUCUGCUUUUGUACACCAUGGCUGGGAAAAUUCUUUGCCACUAGGUUAGUUAUUCUUUCCCUCAAUUAGCUACUAGCUUCUGUUUGGAGCCCAUUAUUACCCUAGCCUCUCCAAAUUACAAGGGAAUCUUUAGAUCUCAUUUCCACUGUAAUCCCGAUGAAAAGGGUAGUGAUUUUCCAUUUAUUUUAAAUAGACGUAAUCAAAGGAUUUACACAAUUUGCUGCGGUAGGUCAAGUGCAACAAAAAAAAAAUAAAAAAAUCAGUAUAAAACAGUAUAAAAGGAAAAAAGUUAAGAAUAUGCAGACUUUUGCAGAGAAAGAGAGAGAGUUUUAUGUACGGAUACAGAUGUGCACUUAACCCUUUCACUGACAGAUGUGGUAAUGACAGAAGGGGUUAAACACUGUACCCAAAAUUUAAAUAAUUAGUUUUAACUAUUAAUUGCCUAAUUGCAGACCAUCUCAGCAUGAAGAAUUGAUUAGGGACAAAGCAGAUCUUUUGUUAAAGUGUAAUGUGAGAAGGUUAUUUAUUAACUGUAAACUGUAAGUUUAUUUCCUGUCUUAAUGAUCAGAGUUAAUUAAGUUCUCACCUAGGAUUAAUAAACAACUACCCUCCCCGCACAUUAUAUUCAGUGUUAUCUUUGGAACAGAAAAUAAUUCUGUUUGUAUGUUUUUUUUUUUGUUUUUUUGUUUUUUAACAGUUACAGUGCUAGCCUUGUAAUGGAUAAUACUUAUCACAUUGUGUAAUGCAGUCUAGUGAUUUAGUUCAAUCUAUCAUCAUUUAUAUGUGCAGAUUAUAAACCCUUUCAUAUUAUUUAUUUGUAUGUAUAUAUAUAUAUAUAUAUAUAUAUAUCUCGAUAUAGAUAUAAACAUUUUAAACACAAACUUUAGUUUUUCUUGGGAAAAUUGAUUGUACAAAUUUGUUAAGGACAUCAGUAUAGGUGGUCCAAUUAAAAAUCCCAAUAUCCACACAGAAACAAAACGUGAAAAAUGUGAAAAUCUGGAACUGUAGAUGAACUAUGGAUAAUAAAGACUGGGAGAUAAAGCUUGCAAUGGUAUGGGCCAGAUGGCAGUGUGAAAAGAAGUGUGUUUGGAUAGUGGAAAGUGGGAAUCUGUGCAGGCUAAAACCCUGUGUGAGUCUGGUCAGAGGAGGUCACCGGGAUAGAGAGGAGGAGGGGGUGAGCACCCAGAAUGCUCUGCAAUGUAUUCUUGUGCUAGUCUUGUACUGAUCUGUAUAUUAAAGCAUAAUGUAGCAGGCCAGCGAAGCAAUAGCCUUGUGUUUAUGGAGUCAAUGUGAUAUUGGUAGUUGUAUUAGCACCAAUGAGCAUAUUCCUAGUCACUGUGAUCUGCAGACUAAUCCUAGUUCAAACUAUGCACUUAUCUAAAAGCAGAGAAAUACAAUGGAAUCAAAGUGUCCAAAGCGUAAGCAUGGGAUUUAAUCCCCUGAGUAUGUAUAUCAAAAGAUUUAGAGGUGCCUGGAAUGCACUGAAAGGGUUAAAAGAAUGGUCAAAGCUCUAUUCCCAUAACCACUGUUGGCUACUGUACAAACCCCGUUAACUGUUUCAGGAACAUAGUAGGCGAGUAACUAUAGUGUGAAAAUGAUACAAAAUCUUACUUAUUACUGACCAAUGGCAAUAUUAUAAAUUGUCUGCUGGGUGAAUAUUAAGUCAAGGAUAUCUAUAAUGUUAAUUGUUUAACCCUAUAAUCUCCAGAUUGGUACUCAACAGGUUCGAUUCUACAAAAUUUAUUUAUUUUCAGACUCAAGAUAUUGGGGGAGGUUCUCCAUAGAAAAGUGUUGAAAACAUUUUGCCCAACUGUAACCUUUUCAUUAUCAAAGUAAAACACUGCUAUCAUAAUAGUACACACAUAAAAUAAACUUUUCUUAUGUAAGUACAAUUAGAUAUCAAUACAUUAAACACAUAGACUUGUCCACAGCAAAAAAAUUUGGUUUGGCUGAAAAAUAAUUUUUCAGGUGAAUCAAGUGUUGUUCAUGCAGGGUUUCGAAUCGAACAAAUUUUGUAUAUGCGAUGGUUUCAGGAAUAAUUAUUCAGACAAGCCAAAAUGGCACGAAUGUGCACAUACCAGUUACAUAGUUACAUAGCUGAAAAGAGACUUGCGUCCAUCAAGUUCAGCCUUCCUCACAUUUGUUUUUUGCUGUCAAUCCAAAAGAAGGCAAUUUGAAACACUUCCAAUUUUGCAACAAACUAACAAAAAAAUUCCUUCUUGACCCCAGAAUGGCAGUCAGAUUUAUCCUUGGAUCAAGCAGCUAUUACCCUACAUUGAAAAAGUAUAUCCUUGAAUAUUCUGUUUUUGCAAGUAUGCAUCUAGUUGCUGUUUGAACAUCUGUAUGGGAUCUGAUAAAACCACUUCUUCAGGUAGAGAAUUCCACAUCCUUAUUGUACAGUAAAAAAACCUUGCCUUUGCCUUAGAUCUUCUUUCUUCCAGUCUAAACGCAUGACCUCAUGUCCUAUGUAAAGUCCGGUUUGUGAAUAGAUUUCCACACAAUGGUUUGUAUUGGCCCCGAAUAUAUUUGCAGUGUACUGCAAAAUAUCUACAUAAUAUAAAUAUUAUAUUUUGUGGUACACUGAUGGGUGCAUUCUUGUAGCAUUUGGUUCACAGAUUACGUGAACAGAAGAAACCGACAGAUGGGAAAGAAAAGAGAUGCAGAAAAAAUGUAUACAUAUUUAUUCAUAUAUUAUAUAUUUACAUUUAUGAUAGAUAUAGAUUUUUUUUUUUACUACUCCUUCCUUUUUUUACCCCUCUGUCCGAGAAUAAAAUCAACAUUUAGUGACUGCCCCUUAAUCAUCAUUAAUCUUUAAUCAUUAAUCGCUGAGGAUGAAACUCACAAAAACAAACGGUUUGAAUCACAAAACAAACAAAAUGUCUUCUUUAUUCUUUGUUUCGUUAAUUUCCUUAUUUGGUUUUAUAGCAAGUUGAAGUUACGCAAUUUGGACAACUUGCUGAAUGCCCAAAAUUUGGUUGAAUCGUGAUUUGUUUGAAACCAAAUGCACAAGUCCAAUAUACACUUUUCUUGCUAUUGAUAAUUGCAUUUAUCAUAAUUUACUGAGUUGAAUACCGUUAGGUGUUCUAGGAUCAGGAGAAAAACAUUAAAAAACAUACUACUUUUAACCUUCAUGAGCCAUCCCUUAAUACACAUCGGGAUCUAUUCACUAAACAAGUUAUGCUAAUAUGAGAACCUAAUGGCAAAAUUUAGACUAAAAUAUCAGAAUUAGAAAACAUUCCUAUUUCAGCUUUGUUAGGGAUUUUUUUCUGGUUGGGCUUUCUUAGUCAACAUUUACAACCCUGUUAGUUCAGUGUAACUCCCUAUAUGUCUCUCUCUCCCUGCAAUUACAUAUUAUUAUUGUAAUAUGUAAAGUGCCAAGCAUUUUACAAUAUUAUAAAGGGGAACAUUUAACAAUAAAUGAGACAAUUACAAAUUGUUACUGGAACAAUAGGUUGAUGACCCUGACCAAAACAGAAAUCUGGAGUACAUAAAGGGUCUAUUACCUAAACAGUGAUAAUGAUUAGGCCUAAAUUAUGCAAAUAUCAUAUAAUCACAAUUCACAUACAGGUUUAUUUACCAAAGUAAGUUUAUUUAAUAGCCAAGUUGGAAAAAUCUGAGUUGGAGAAUUUUUGCAGUUAAAGGGACACUAUAGUCACCAAACAACUGUAGCUUAGUGAAGCAGUUUUGGUGUAUAGAUCAUGCCCCUACAGUCUCACUGCUCAAUUCUCAAUACCUGCAUGAAAAUAAAAUGGUUUCACAUUCAAUCAGUUAACUUGACUUUAAAGUUUUUAUCUCCUGCUCUGUAAAUUGAACUUUAAUUACAUGGAGGAGGCUUCUGCAGGGUUUAGCAAGCUAUGGACAGAACAGGAAAUAAGAAAAGCUCAAUUAAACAGAAUUUGCGAUAAACAUUAGAUGACUCUUUACCGGAAGUGUAUAGGAAGGCUGUGUAAGUCACAUGCAGGGAGGUGUAACCUGGACAAAAUAAACAAAGUGAUUUAACUCAUAAAUGGAAGUGAAUCGAGCAGUGAGACUGCAGUGGCAUGAUCUAUACACCAAAAUGGCUUCAUUAAGCUAAAGUUGUUUUGGUGACUAUAAUGUCCCUUUAAGCUAUUCUGAUCACAAAUAGCUAUUCUAUGGAUGUCUUCUUUCAAAAGUUUUCAGUUCUUUAUAGAACCCUAAUAUUGUUUAAUUACUAACCAUUCCACAGUGUUGGAAUUGUAGUGAAUACCAACAGGGUUAUUUACUAAACUCUGAAUUUUAGUGAAUCAAAUUCGAAUUGCAAAGUUUGGUUAAAAAUAGGUGCUCUGAAUUGUUGACACUACUCACCUGUUGCUAUGUAUACCGUCAUUAUAAUAACAUUGUUGAUACCUGUUGGAAUUGUCACGCAUAUACAUGUCGCAAUGGAAAAAAUAAAAAAUAAAAAAAAUAGGUGCUCUGAAAAAAUAUCUAUAACUGACUUGUAGCUAUAACUUGACUAUUUCAAGCUUAAAUUUUACAGUUUCGGACUUUAUUCUCUAAAGUUCAAAGUUUAGGGAAUAAUCGUUUAAGUGAAUUCACUUUGAAUUUCAUAUUUUUUUGGCUACAAUGCAUGAAUUGAAAAUAUUCCCCAAGUCAGCUUUGUUUUCAGUACAGCUAGUUUGGAAAUGACUUUAUUUUUAGUACAGCUACUUUUUCAAAUUCGAAAUUCACUUUGAAUUCCCAACAAUUAACACUUUUAGUAUAUAAUCCUACCAAGUGCCCUUCUGUAUUCAUUCAGCUGUCUUUUGACAAAUCCUGAUCUUUUGAAAAUGCAAUAAGUAAUGCGACAGACGAUGCUUUGGUCUGGGAGCUGGUCCCCAGUCUUCUCAUCACUCUUUAUUUCUGUUUAUUUAAACAGGUCUAGGAGAGGCUUGGGGUCAUACAACACGUCCCAGCUCCUUGGAUAAUGUUGGUAGAGAGCUUGGAUCACAUCUUCUACAGGUAAUACAUUUUGUUAAAAAAGACAACUUCCUAUUAAUGAUUCAAAAAUGCAGACCUUUCAGUGAACCUUUAAUUACCCACCUGUAAAACUGGUAAUCUUUACAGUUUUCAAGAACACCACACAGGCUUUGGGAAAAAAAAGCACACUUGCCAUUUAUUGCCUUCAAACAGUCCAGUGUCACUCGGUAAAUUGCUAAUUUCUAUGAGAUCUGUGUAUGAAGCACCUUUGCAAGGAAUGUGUGUAAACAUCAAUGUGUAAAACGUCUUUCUUUCACCUUUUGUCUGUUUUUCUCAUACUGCCUGCGCGUAUGAGAACAUAUUUUUGGGAGAUAUUUAUAUCUGAUUACAAAUGCAAAGGGGUUUAUACAGUAAACUGAGAGUUGAAAAAAUGGAAGAGCAAUUUGCAAUAUACAGACCGAGCUAGAACAGUUGAAAAAUACAUUUGACAUAACACAUCUUUAAAUUGGAGAGUUUUUCUGGUUCUGCUAUUUUGUCUUAAGUUUUUCAAGUCAGCGAUCAGCUGCUGAGAUCUCACUAUUUCAAUGAUUAUUAGUUUUAUUUAUACUUAUGUUAUAACCAUCAACACAAUGACUGUCUAUCUUUCAUAUAUCUUUCUUUCUUUCUCUCUCUCUCUCUUCUUUCCUUUCCUUUUGUCUUUCUUUCCUUUUCUUUCCUUUCCUUUCCUUUCCUCUUUCCUUUCCUUUUCUCCAUUUUCCUCCCGUUUUCCUUUCCUUUUCUCUUUUUUCUUUUCUUUUCUCUCAUUCUUCCUGUCUCUCUGUAACUGUGCCUGUUUCUCUUUGUUUCUGUAUCUGUAUCUUCCUGUCUUUUUUCUUUUCUUUUUCUGUCUGUCUGUCUUUCUUUUUCUAUUUCUCGUUCUUUCUGCCUGUCCAUUUGUCUUUCUACCUGCUACUGUUUUCUUUUAUUUUGACAAUGUUGAUAUGAAGCCUGAAUUCCAUAAUAUAAAAUAGGCACUUAGAGCGCAAAGUUUUAUAUAUUUUAAAUAAUCAUUUUCAUCAUAGCGCUACCUGAGUAAAUCCAGCUUUCAAUUUCCUUAGACUCUCCCCAUCUGAGUAGUAAAAUAUAAGGGAUGAUUUUGAUAAAGAAUUAUUUUUUUUGCCCUAUGUUUAGGCAAAUAGAAAUGUAGUCCCCUGUUGUUACUUGUCUGAACUGUUUAUCAGCCAUCACUGAAAUAAGAGACAGACUGCUCUGUAAAGUCGAUUUCUGCGUUGUGCGAGCUUAACACCACUUUCCCUGCUGGGAGAGACAUAUCACAUCACAGUAUUUAUAGGUGAUAAGCUGUGUUUUGUUGAACAAUGAAAGAUUAAAUACUUUCCCUAUACAGCACUCCCUGCUUAAGAUCAUGCUUGAUUCAACAAUGAGAUGUUUAAAGUUGAGGUGAAGGGACAUCUGGCCACCCAAGUGAUUUCAAAAUGUAAAUCUUAUUUAAAUUGCUUCACUAUGGGUAUACAGAUAAAUAUUAGCUGAUUUAAAGCUUAGUGUACUUAUUCUACUUUUUCUACUCAGACCUUGGAUGGUUUCAUCUUUGUGGUGGCCCCUGAUGGGAAAAUCAUGUAUAUCUCAGAAACCGCUUCAGUUCAUCUUGGCUUAUCACAGGUAGGCUUGUCUGAUUGUUUGUGCAUGUACAAUUACUCACCCAAGGAGGUGUGAAUAACAAAAUGCAUGGAGGUUUGAUAAUUAUUAGCAGACUGGAUAACAGAGAGACAGAGCUCUCCACCUGCAAGGUGUCCACAUAUAUUCAUUACGUCUUCCGUUAUGUACUACGUGACCCAUUCUUCUUUAUCUAAAUGUAAAUAUGUCCAGAUAACCUGUAAGGUUCAUAAUGAUUUAAGAAAUUGUUUUGUUUGUUCUCUGUGAGCUGUCCAUAGCCCACCCAGUUAUUCUUUAUCUAUCAUAUAUUAUUCCUUAUGAGUUCCGAAUGUUUUAAUGUUUUCUAUAGUGAUGUGCAAUGCGUAAAACAAAAACAAUAUGUUGUGACAAACAAAUUGUUAUUGAAAAAUUGAUGAUUGUCUUGUUCAAACAAUUAUGCUAACCUUUGUAAUUCACCCAGAAUAGGUUCACUAUAUACAAAAUGUUAAAAAAUAUAUAAUGGUACAAUAGUUAAUAUAUCUUUUAUAUUAAAUAUAUGUUUGGAAUAUUGAGGAUUAUAUACAAGGUGAAUUUUGAUAUGUCACUAUUAUUUUAUUAUGCCCUAUAGAUAAAAUACCAAUUGUUAUUGUAAUAUUUCUAUUUUAUUUUUAUUUUUAUCACAGGUAGAGCUGACCGGUAAUAGCAUAUUUGAAUAUAUUCACCCAGCUGACCAUGAUGAGAUGACUGCAGUGUUAACGGCCCACCAGCCUUACCAUUCUCAUUUUGUUCAGGGUAAAGCAAGCAUUUAUCUCUUUGUGGAGACUCAUUAGGUCAUAUUUAUAAUGAGCAAUUCUUGUGCAUUUAUGCUACAUUUUUAGCAAUAAGCUCCGAGUGGCUUUUUAUAAACAUCACCCUUUUAGUCUUAUAAUGCCCUUCAGCAUUGAUCUGUGGAGCCAGAGAUUAAACGCUGCAUGGAGCUAUACUAAUGGAAAAUUUCUUUUACAGAAUAUGAAAUUGAACGAUCUUUUUUUCUGAGGAUGAAAUGUGUUCUAGCAAAGAGGAAUGCAGGUCUGACGUGUGGUGGGUAUAAGGUAAGUUUUACCUUUUGGAAAAGUCUUUAGAAACAUCACUGUCUCUAUCUAUCUAUCUAUCUAUCUAUCUUAUAUAUCUUUUCUACAUAUCUUUCGUAUAUAUAUAGAUAGCCUACAUAUUUAUCCUAUAUAUCCAUUAUAUAUAUAUAUAUAUAUAUAGUGCAGACUGUGCAAAUAGGCUUCUGAAACAAUCCAGCACAAAUUAGCCAGGUGCGAGAUGUUAGCAGGGACACCAUACACUGAGAGGCACAACCAAGCUGCUGGGAUUAUGUACCAAACUAUCUGCACAGAACAUGGACUGGACCUGUCCAAGUCCAGAUAGGAGAUACAACAAAAAGUAGUUGAGAGUGACAGAGCUAAGAUCCUGUGGGACUUUCCUAUCCAGACAAACAAGCAAGAAGUGGCUACCAAUCUGACAAUGUGGUUGUACAAUGGACAGAAGACCUCAGUGGUGGUGGAUGUGGCAAUACCCAGUGACUAUAACAUCAGUAAGAAGGAACAUCAGAAGGUGGACAAAUACCAAGGACUAAAAGAAGAGCUAGAGAGGAUGUGGAAAGUGAAGGCAGUAGUAGUACCAAUUGUGAUAGGCGCACUCAGGGCUGUGACACCCAAGUUGGGAGAGUGGCUUCAGCAGAUUACAGGUAGGACAUGUAAGAUCACUGUAGAGAAGAGUGCAGUUCUAGGAACAGCUAAGAUACUGCGCAGAACCCUUAGACUCCCGUGAGGACCCAAGAAUGAGGAAAACACACAAACACACAAAAGAAUAUGUCACCCAGGUCGGGUGAAAAAAUAAAUUUCUCUCUCUCUCUCUCUCUCUCUAUAUAUAUAUAUAUAUAUAUAUAUCAUAGUUCGUGCAUAGAUAUUCACUAUGCAUCUGUUUGUUGAGUAGUUCUACAGGUGAAAAAUGUUCACAAAUGACAAUACAUAACAAAACCUAAUGAUUUAUAAUCUAUAUUUAGAAUUCUGUAAUGCUGUCAGAGUGGGUAAUACACAAUACAUUGACUAAGGUGCUGUGGGUAAGCCAGUAGAGUUAGUUAUCAUUACAAUUUGCUCAAUGUAUGUGAGUUUUUGUUCAAUAUGUUCUGCAGGUGAUACAUUGCAGUGGCUAUCUGAAAAUACGGCAGUACAGUCUGGACAUGUCACCUUUUGAUGGUUGCUACCAGAAUGUGGGCUUAGUGGCUGUUGGUCAUUCUUUACCCCCUAGUGCGGUGACGGAAAUUAAACUACACAGCAAUAUGUUCAUGUUCAGGGCCAGUCUUGAUAUGAAACUCAUAUUUCUCGAUUCAAGGUGAGUUUUAUAAUCUGAAUAUCAUGCAAAUGUUAUGCAAAUAUUAUACACACUGAAUAAGCAUCUUGCAAAUCCAUUGUCACCCAUCCCAAGGCCAUAAUGUCUCUGAAUAGAAAGGCAGACAAUAAUGGAAAGGAGGAGAGAUAAGAAGACAUUCAGUAGCUAUUAAAAAUGUCUGAAAUGCAUGAAAAGUAUAAUAAUUCAAACUGUCCUGACUGUCAGUCGUGGGUGGAUUUAAUGGCACAACCAGUAGGUAAACCAUUGGACAAAAAACAAACAGCUAAACAUUCGAAUAAUUCAGCAAUAUAAUGGUAGACUGGUGCCUUUCACUCAUACUCUCCACCAACCUGUGGGUGAAAAAAGGUGUUAAAAAUCUAGUAGGCCUCCCUGUUAAAAUUAUAGUUGGAAUUGCCAAAGUAUGACAACACUUGUGUUGGAUAAAAAUCAAAUGUCAGGGUCCCUAGGACCCUUAUUAGCACAAGAGCCUUUGAUAUCCUUCCAAAUCUGUCAAUGUGCGUGCUAUGAGUAUCAGAGUAUGGGUUAAUUUUAUUCAUUCUUUAAUUUAAAAUUUAUGUCCUCAAUUUAGUAGAGUGCUGAGGGUGACCUUGGCACUAACAGUUCAUAGCCUAAUUUCCAUUCUAAGGGAUACCCAUAACCACCAGAAUCUAGGCUAAUAAACUCUCUAAUCAAGUGAGAAAUAGAGUGUCCAGAGACCAGAGCCAUAUCUAUGAAGUGCUAUGGUAAUUCCUAGACGACAUGUGAAUUAUAAUUAGAUGUUGGGAAUGUUUCCCCUUUUCUGUAACUCUUGUGACAACAAUUUCUUACAUUGAUUUGUACCUCACUUCCUUUUUAACAUGUGUGAUAUAUAAUGCUUUAAUAGUGAGAGUUAAGUUGUAACGCAAGCUUCUAAUUUCAAAGUGUUUUAAUAAACAGUGUGUGUAUCCUCACAAUGUCUCUUUGCUUUUCCAUCAGAGUUGCAGAAUUGACUGGCUAUGAACCUCAGGAUUUGAUUGAAAAGACCUUAUAUCAUCACGUCCAUGGGUGUGACACUUUUCACUUGCGGUGCGCUCAUCACUUGUGUAAGGAUUUGACAUGUUCACUUAACUUCAUUUUUAGACUUGUGAACAUUAUUUGUGUGAUGUUAACUGGUUGAAUAUUUACAACACAUAUUAGUCUGUUAAUAUUGCAUGUUAAUAGUUAUCUAUUGUUGGCCAUUCUGUGUAGUGAUCGAAUACAAAAAUGUAUCAUAAUGCGUACACUUCUCUGCAUACAAGUUGUACAAUGACUAUAGUACUCAGACAUGGAUAUUUCUGUUUGACAUUUGUAAGGAGUGCACUGUACAUGGGAAUUGCUGCAAAUAUGCUUCUGGCUGCCCAUUAAUUGUGUAAGGAGUGUGUGUGUGCGUCUGUGCCGUUGUGUGCGUGUGUGUAUGUGUAUGCACAUUUAAACUAGCUACCAGUGUGCCAUGUUGUAUUGUCCUAUAUUAUUGAUAAAUAAAUAAAAUGUGUCUGGCAGCAUGCAUCUGUCCCCUACAAGAGCUCAUCCACAUUUAUCCAUUUUGAAUUUUGAGCAGUUUGGUUUUAAAUAUAUCUGUGUAAAAUGCUAUACAGUUAUUCUGCACUCAAUCAACCCAUUAACACUCCACAUUAAUUUCUGGUUGCCCAUGUAACUCCAUAGUUUUAUAUAUGUGUCAAUUAGUUCUGCUGUUAGAAAUUUGUAAAUUAAAGAGAAUUCACAAUGUACUGUUUUGUAGAAUGCUUGAUGCUAAUUGUAAUUGAAUUUUGCAAUAUUACUAUUUAGUAAGCUUCUGAGAUAUUCAGAGUGAUAUUUGUUAAACUAUGAAUAAUGGACAAGAAAUAUCACCUCUAUAUGUGUUUUGCUAGUUUUCGAUGAUAUGGGCCAAGUCAUCACAUACCCCUAAAUCAGCACCACUAAAAUAGCUUUUGGCAGAGCUGGUUAAAUUCCGUAAGCCCUAGACAUAUUAUCAUAUUACACAUGUUCUUCAUUUGUGGAUGGGAGGUGAUGGGCUUGAUGGUGUGUGUAAGUGAGUCUGAUAUACCUGUAUGGUUAUUUUUGGAACAAUAGUGAGCAAAGAUGUAAACAUGUACCAGUCAUAAGCAGCAUUCUAUUUAUUGGUGACUACUUCACAUUUAGUACUUUGCUUCAUAGUUGCUCUUGAUAAAUUAUGAUACUAUUGGUGUUAGUGAUUAAACUUGUCGGUAUCUUUGGUUGAGAUCAGAUUUAAUUUCCCUGCGGUUGUUCAUACAAUGGCGUAAUCUAUGUUCCAUUGGAAACCAAUAAAAUUUUUAUUCGGAUUAAAUAACUCCCACUCAGUAAGGAACUCCAUUAGGUUAUUUACUUCCUAUGUUAUGACUAUUUUUAAUGUGCCACCAUUCAUCUGAAAAGUAAAGCUAGCAAGGCUGCCCCCAGACCUUUCAAGACCCCUUGCAAAACUAUUGGCGGGGGACUUUUAAGCACCCUAUAAGACUCAAAUUUGCCCAUACACACCUACACUCAAACAGAUACACACAUAUACAUAGCACACAUGUACGGAUACACGUACGGAUACACCGAGCCACACACAAAUGCACAAGAAUAUACACACUGCUAAACAUGUGCAUACUGCCACAUACAUACACAGACACACAUAUGCACACAUACAUAAACAAAUGCAUAAGGAUGUAAACACUGCUACACAGACACAAUUCUGAUUCACACACACAUAAAUCAAACUCUGAUUUAGUUACCCUUCUCCAAAGUAGUCAAAGUGGAGGUUGGCUAAAACAGAGCUUGUGGUCCAAUGUGGACUGCUGGAGUCUUCUUGCCCUCUCUCACAGCUUCCUUCUGAAACCAGGGAAUGACGUGAUCAGACAUCACUUCAACCUAGCUCUACUGCAAAGGAGAGGAAUACAGCUCAUGAAAGGGCCCAUUCCACCUCACAUUCAGAAUAUGGUCUGGCUAUGGAAGAUGCGUGUAUCUCCUCAACUGCACUUCAUAGAACUAGUGGGCCCCAGGGCACAGCUGUGCCCUGUAACAGAGUACCAACUGUUACCCACUGAUGGCAUCCCUGAAGCUAGAGUUAACAAAAUUCUGAUGUUUUACUGAUGACCUCAUUUGAUCAACAGGCUAAAUAAUGCAUAUGUUUGUAUUGGCAGUACUGGUGAAAGGACAGGUCACCACAAAAUACUAUCGCUUUCUGGCCAAGCAUGGAGGCUGGGUGUGGGUGCAGAGCUACGCAACUAUUGUACACAACAGCAGAUCCUCCAGACCCCACUGCAUUGUCAGCGUCAAUUACGUCCUCACGUGAGUAAGAACAGGCAUCAUAUCUUUUUUUAUAGAGCAGACAAAUGAAUGGCAUAUGACACUGGGCCUUGUAAACUGGCCUUGGUCAUUGCACUGAGAAAAAAUACUCAUAUGUGCUUGUUUGUGGUUCACACGUUAAAACUUAGUGGGAUAUUUAUACAGCACUUAACAAGCAAGACAUCUGGUUUUCUUCUCAGCAUCAGAAUUUGAGUGUCUUAAUUUCAACCAGAUUGGCCAAUAAAUCUAUAUAAAAUAAAAGUGAUGUGGUAUUUUUUUUAAUCUCUUACUUAUUUAUGACAACAGGCUGAAGCAAGGAACUAUUGAUGUGCACUUAUAUAGCAGAAAUCUGGCUCCUGAGAGAAUAGUGGCACGUUGACAGAGAGGCUUUUCCAUGGGAAUAUUUGCAAUGCAAUGAGAUCUCUCUAUAAAACAAAUACAACUCAACCCUGGACACAGAGCAGAACAUAGACCAUGCGUAUGCUGUAAAUUUAAAGGGAUACACUUAACAUCAAAACCCACUACAGUUUAAUGUAGUGGUUUGGUGUGUAGAUUGUAUUUUUUUCUUGGGUAAUGUAAAAUAUUGGUGUUUCUGAUAACUCUUUAAUUUUGUCAGAACACUCCUUUAUUGGUUAUCAGACAGACAUCCACUAAAGGCACUUGCUCCUUCACAUCUUUGGUUUGGCAUCUUCAUGCCCAGCACAUGGCUAAUGUAUGUUAUAGAGAGGCUCUUAAUACAUUGCUUUUAACCCCUUAAGGACACAGCUUCAGAAGUUAAAGUCCAGCAUGACGGAACAUUUCCGUCAUGUGUCCUUAAGGGGUUAAUAGAGAAACAUUGGACCGGUGAAUCACAGUGAAUGUCAAGCAUGCAUCAUGUGUCUGCAGUGCUUCUGUAUGAGAAACGUCUGAUUGGACAAUAGUCAUUAGGAUUGAUAACUGCACUGUUGGCGGAUCGGGCUGCAUCAAAUUUUAAUAGCAAUUGUAAUUAGUUGUUUAAAUUAUUUUAAAAAAAAUUAAAUUCAAAACAAAAUGGACAAGAGAGCCUACAUUUUACUCCCAUAACAAAUCUACAAAUAAUUAUAUUCAUUUAAUUGUAACAAACACAAGGAAAUACAUAAAAAAUGCCUCUUCUCCCCAUCUGUUUCCUUCAGCCCCUUUCAACCAUGUUCUCUAUCUACCCCUCUGUCCUUUUCUCCCCCACCCCUUCUCACUCCCUGUAUACACAACUCCUUAUGUAUCUGUCUGCAGGCAAUUUCAUUGCUGACAUUAAUCUCUUCUUUGGGAGCUUUGUGGUCGUUCAUGCAUUCUACUAUUUUAGGAAACCCCAGUGAAUUAGCUCAUUGCUUUGAGAGAGAACCUUCACCCCCUUCCGUCUUGUUCCAAAAAUUAAAGCAAUUUGCUGGGAUUAUUCGCAAGCCUUGUUUGUUCACAUGACUGUGGAAGGACAAACAAUACCACUGUAACACACAUGUUUUUACUAAGUGCCCCACUGAGGAAUAUUUAUCUAGAUAUCAGUUCAGCAAGCCGUGAGCUAUGGUAAGAAAACAACCAAUUAGCAUGACUUCAAUUAUUGAUUUAAAAAAAAAAAAAAUCUCUCUCAUUCAAGUCAUAUUUUAUUACAAUUAAUAUUAUCAACUCAACGUAAAUUGAUGUUUAUCAAAUAAACCAACUCUUCUGUUACCAUCAUUAUACUGGUCUAUUUUAAUGUAAAGCACUGUGAUAUAAGAUGUCGCUAUAUAAAUACUACUAAUAAUAAUGAUAAUAAUAAUAAUUGUUAACUUAUCACAACUCAAUAGUUAAUGAGUAGACAGUCUGUCUGCCUGUCCGUCCAUCUUUUCAAUUAUUCAUCCAUCCAUCCACAUGCAAAUAUUAGAUUACAAAUGUAAAACAAUGUUUACACACAUAAACUGUAGUAAUAUCUUUUGUUUGUCUAUUUUUUUUAAAGUAAUUAAUUAUGAUCUUAUAUGACUGUAAAAAUGGUACUGUCUUCAAACAUAUAAUGUUGGAUUUUUCAUACAUCCAGAUUUUUUGUUUUUUUUUAAACUGCAACAUUUCUUUGUAUUGCAAGUCAGACAUGUGGCUCUUAGUAUCCGAGAGAAUGCAUAAAAUAGCAUACACAUUUAACAUAAUCCAGGCAUUUGCUGAGUGCAUAUUAAAGGGAAUAGUUCUUAGCUGUGCUAGGCUCAUGACAUCAUCAGUCAUCACCUCAUUGUGAGAAAACUAUGUCGAGCACAAGCAACAGAUUAAGCCAAAUAGCUAAUUUACUCUAGGCAUCUGAAAUGAAUAAUACAACCCUCAAGCUGGUUACUCUAUGUGCAACACAGGGUUUCAAUAUCUAGAAUGUCAUUAUUAGCAGCCUUCUAAUGGCGAUGCUCUUUCAAUACCAUAGUUCAAAGCUGAUUUACAAUGAAACAAAUGUAUAUUCAAGACAACCAGCUAUUUACAUCAGUUUGCCAUAUGACAGCAGGAGUUAUUUGUAGCUUAUCUUUAUUUUGAUUUCAAAUUUACUGUAUUUUGGCUACAAUGUAUUUAAACAGACACAAGUAGUGUGUACCUUCCUGUGUGCCUGCAAUCUGACUAUAUUUUCUAGCAUCCAUACCUAGGCAGUCUGCUCACUUUAACUCACAGUGACAUGCACAAUUACUUGUGUCAGUGAUGUCGUUUCAGAUAUGUAGAAUAAGUAAUUGUCCAGGCACUCCAAACUAGCAAAACAUAGCAGCUUUAUUGGGGCAAAAGCAUGAACGUUUCAACCCUACUGAGUCUUUAUCAAGACUUUAUCAAGCUAUUUUGCUUUCGAGGCAGAAGAAUCUAUAAUCUUUUUAGCAGAGAGAUUAAAAUCAAACAAAUCCGAUGAAGGAGCAUGAGUUAUUUUGGCACUUUGAAAACUAGAUACACAUGUUCCAAAUAGUUUAAAAGAGACUCAAUGUGUUUUUACAGUAGCAUAUCUGACAAUCCUUAGUUUACUCCAAAUAGUCAAAGCAUGUCUUAUAGUUGCAUUCAGGAUCAUUAACGUGACAAUUACUCAACACGUUCUGCCAAAUUGAAAACAAAUUUUAGAGAAUUCUGCUGAGUUGAAAUCCUUUGCUUUCAAUGGGAAUGUAAUUUUAUAGCCAAAUUCAAUUGGAAACCAAAUGGUUGCUUAUAUUUAGGAUCCUGUUUGCCAAAGGACAGUUGAGCCAAUGUCACUGGGACAUUAUAAUAUGGAAAAAAAUUGCAACUAGCUGCAGUUUCUAUUAUUUUUGUUAUUAUUAUUUGCAGCUCCAGAAUGCAGCCAUGGUGUAUUCUUCUCAUAUUGUUUUAAAUGUAGUUCACAUCAGUGUACAUCUCAGUUGGACAAUGCUACAUCUUGCUAGAACCUUUGAAUGGGGAAAGUAUAAAAAACAUCUCUAGAUGAAAUAUAGUGUAAUUGGGGAACAAAGGUCACCAAGUAGAAGAUUUAAGUUGGAAUAUUCACGUGAUUGGACUAGCUUGUUCAUGGUAUGGUGAGAGUCACCAGCUUUUAUUGUUACUGACUGAGUAAACUUCCCUAUGAAUGCUUGUUUGAUAGCAAAAAACUUUUUUUUAUUUUUUUAAAAUUAUUUAUAUAAUGCAUUCAAAUUAGAUGGUUAUUUGUAUCCCAUUAUUUCCCUUUAAAGUCAAACUCCGUUGGUUAUGUAUAUAGCCCUCAUUGUGUCUUCAGAUACAGACACUAGUAAUAGUCUUUAUGAUCUGAAGACUUUCUUUAGGGACCUACAGACCACCAGACUUUAAGAAUGACUGCUGAAUUAGAACGCUAACAUAUAUUAACAUAGUUUCCAUAUGAAAGUAUUGUGCUUAGUUAUAGCCCAGGCAUGUUUUCACUGAAGAUGCCACAGGAGACUAGUAAUAUAUACUGCGUUAUAGUUUUAUACAAUAUAACAUGCAUGAUAUGUCUACAAAAGGAGACAAAAUCCUAUUUUAAGAAAUCCACUUUGGGAUUAGACUUGAAGAUAAAUAUUUUCAUGGACAAAUAUUUUCAAUUAUUUUACAUAAAGCUUACGGACAAAACAACCACAAAACACAUUAAAUGCAGAGAAUUAAAUCCCACAAAUAUUUUAAGUUAUGAACACUGUACAUUUAUGUGCUAAGUUGUUGAAAUAAACUGCUUAGGGGGUGACCUACAGUGUAAGGGUACUUACUUAUGCCCUCACCCCCUCCUGGGGUAUGGGCUGCCAAAGGUAGAUCUCCAGAGACUUUUGUCCUGGGCAAUUUUUAGUUGACUCCAGGUGUAGCCCAUCCUUGUGAUGUCUGCCUUGAGGUCCCUUCGCCAGGUGUUUCAUGGAUGACCUCUCUUCCUCUUUCCUUGGGGGUUCCACCUGAGAGUCUGCCUGGUGAUGUUGGUUGGCAAUUUGUGUAGGGUAUGCCCUAUCCAGCCCCAUCUUCUCUUCCAGAUUUCUGCCUCUGCUGAAAAUUGUCAGGUCCUUUCCCAUAGAUUGGUAUUACUGAUGGUGUCCGGCCAGCGAGUGUGGAGAAUCCUUCUUAGACAGCUGUUGAUGAAUGCCUGGAUUAUUCUGUUGGUGGUUUGGGUUGUCCUCCAGGUUUCAGCCCGUACAACAGUACUGACUUCACACUGGAGUUGAACAGUCAAAUCUUGGUGGUCAAGGUUAGCUCUCUGGAAGCCCAGAUGUUCUUGAGCUGGAUGAAGACGACAGUGUAAGGGUGGUGUACAUAAUAUAUACACCUAGAAACCCUGCACUUACCAGAAUUAAAGUGAACCGGUUCUGAGAAAAAAUUAACUUAGCUGAGAUGACACCCAUAUGCAUUAAACAAACCAUAUAUCACAAAGAUACAUGAUGUAUUUAAUAUAAAAUAUAGAGAUUUGCUCACAUCUCCUCCAUUACAUCGCUGUCAUCUUCAAGCUUUGUGGGUGUUACUCUUGAUAACAUAACUGUGAGCACAAUGCAUAGAUAGAAUUUUAUGCUCAGUUUUAGAGGAUAUCUUGUUUGGGGUAUGACAAGCCCCCUUUAAAGGAACUUCAAACACCAUAAUCACGUGUGCGUGUCAGUGUAUGUAUUUGCACCUUUAAUGGGAUUACUCAAGGGCAUGUGCUUAAUGAUAACAGACACAGCAAGAACCUGUUAGACAAACAAGUCUACUGGCAUCAAAAAAAGCAGCCUAGUCAAGAACCAAAAAUGUAAACAUUAUCCAUGAUUGAGGACCUAUAUUUUACCAUACGGUGGUCACCUUUUGUGGUCAUGACUCUUACAGGAGUAACACAAUGUUACAUUCUUUUUGGAACUAUUCUCGAGAAUAUGUUAUGUCUAUAUAAAAGUAGACAUUAGAAACAGUAUAAAGGAUUUGCUGCAUAUACUGGAGAAUUUAGUUUUUUUUCUUCCAUUUUUAUUUUUUGUUUUAGUUUUAUAGUCUGAGAGAUUUAAUCUUUGUGUGCAGUAAUAAUACUAUCAUUGUGUAAAUAUAUAUUUGGACAAAGCCGUGGGAUAUUAAUUGUAAAGUAGGCCACACAAUUGUUAAAUUGAAUGGGCAGUAACAAGACAGAGGAAAAAUGAACAACUGCAGGCAGUUAGGCGAUCUGAGAUUGUGGAGUCUCUACCGAUGCCAUACAGCUGCUGACUCCUAUAUAAAAUAAUAACUCCAAUGCCCUUCUUCAGUAAGAAUAAAGAUUCCACAUGUGCAUCCCAUGUAAAUAAUGGCAGCACACAGUGUUUUCUUUCAUGGGAAUUCAGAUUUGAAAGGGCAGUGUUUCUCUUGUAUUUCUUUGUUUUGCGAAUUUUACUUAUUUUAAUAUAGAACUCGAGUUAUGUAGCUUUUCCUCCACCUCUUUAUUUGAGAUUGUCUUAUAUAUAUAUAUUUAAAAGAAGAAGAAAAAUAAAUGAAAACACCAAAGUUGUGGGGAAAAACUAAACGAAUAGCCAAAAUUACGUCUUUCUCUCACCAUUAAUGACAUUGUCUGUCUUGCUGCUAUUUUUCUAUAAGCAUUUGUCAGAUAGUAUAUUAAAGCUAUUAUAAAGAUGCUGUAGAGUUGCUGUAAUUUGCAAUUAUUUAAUAACUAUUCAUUUUAAUAAUGGUUUUAUUAUUUUUAGAGAUGUGCAAAUCUCAUAAAUCUCGCAAUUCAGUAUAUUUUCCAUUUUAUUUCUUAUUUAUGUUACGGAUGUCAACACUAGGAAAAUUAAAUUUUAUAUUCGCUGGAUCCCAAUGAUUAAAUAAAUCAUGAGUAACAUUUUGCGAGAUUAAUUUUCAUGCAGAUGGCAACACACAUUUUUAGCUCCUUUCAACUAGAAAAUCUUUUAUUUAUUCCAAGAUUCUGGAGAGUUGAGAUUUCCAUUCAGCGAUGCUUAUAACCAAAUGAUGAUCAGGGCAGCUGGGGACUGAUAAAAUACUCCCUUUGGGGCUAUUAGUCAAACUCUUCCAGCUGCAAAAACGAUGCAAUACUAAAGGGACACUUUUCAACAGAUUCAUGAAAUAAAAAUAUUAUUCCUUUCAAUUAGAUUUUUUUAAAAGAACUUUGAUAAAUCUCGUGUUCAGCCUUACUCUAGCAACAGUCCAGGAUUAAGACUAUGAUAAAUGUUUAUGGUGUGAAUUUCUGGGAUAUAUAUUUAUUGUGACUGUAAUUCAACCUUUAUUUAGGGAGUUGCACAGAUGUGGUCUGAUUUACUGUGCCAAAUGGUAAGCAGAAGUGAGCCGUUUUCGCAACCAAAAAAGUAAAGAGGAUGUAACUUAACUUUGUACUCCAGAAGCACAGGUGUUGGAACUGGGGUGAAAUCAUGGGUGGGGGAGGGGAUUUCCCCCCCCCAAAAAAAAUCUUUUGUAAAAUUUAAGAUUUUAUGUUUCAGUAUUUAAGAAUUAUAAGAAAAACAAAGAGUGCUAAAACAGUUGGUUAUCAUAUUCUACUAAUUCUUCUAAUAUUCUACUAACAGACACCCUAACGCUAAUAUAUCAUUUUGUCUGUAGAGAACUGCAUCUUUAAUGUAUGUGCCUUAAAAUGGGCUAUGAUUUCUAUGAAAGGCCGAUCCUCCCCAGAUAUUCUUUAGUGCCUACACCGAUGUCCAGUCUUAUACUGUGAUGGUUGUUUGUUUGAUUAGAACUUUAUACAGUGUUUACUUGUGAUAUGUUACGUUUUCUGCACGUCUUAGAAAACUUUUGGAGUACACAAACAGAAAAUGACUCACAACACCCAAAGCACUGUUGUGUGUAGAAGCAUAUAUCUUUCCAUUUUAGAUGGCUACUAAUACUCAGUUGCACGCUGCACUAGCCCCUUCAAGAGUCUGUCUGUCUGUCUAGCUAUUUGUAGACCCAAUCUUGAUGCUGAUCUAAUCUAGAUAUCAGUCCAAUUAAUUUAUUGAUCUAAUCCAUCUAAUCUGUUGAUCUAAUCUAUCUAUUUACAGUCCAUAAAUGAUAGCUGAUAGGCUGUCUCCAUUAUAUGGUCAAAACCAAAGGGAGUUAAACAAUACAAGUAUAAUGGACAGGGCAUUGACAAAGUUUUAUGGAAUUAGCUACAGCCAAGCAUGUAUAACCAUAAGCAACUGCCAAGACAGAACUAUAGGUUGUAUGGUGUGCUCAUUCUGAUGAGGAAAGCGGAAUAGAGGUUAGUCAAAAUAUCAACAGUAAUCUGAAUGAUUCUGUAAUGUUUCUGGUCUCAUAACAACACAUCAUUAUUGCAAGUAGGCUGCUGUUUUUAUUGUUGCAGUUAUGAUUGGCCAGUGCUAUUCAAGUUAGUAAGUGGGUACUCCGUACUCGAAAAGCUAUGUUGAUUCUGAUUUAAAAAAAAAAAAAAAUUAGUGCAGGGAUACCCAAAUGCAGCAGUACAAAUUAUACUACAAUGGAGCUGAGCACUUAGAAAUACAGAUCCAUUAAAGCAUUGCUGAAAUGAUGCUUGACCUUUAGAAACCUCAGUUUAGACACAGCUAUCUUAAUAGGGAUUUGGACGUAAUUUAAGAUUACCUUUAAGUAGUGUUAUUUAGCUCUCUUAUAUCUCCAACAUUGCUAAUAAAUUAAGUAACUCAAGUGAACUAACAAUAAACUAAGUGCAUUUUCCACAUUGCUAAGUAAAAUAAGGAAACCAAGACUAUAACUGCAUUAAAACCAUUAAAAUAUGAAUUGGUAGAAGUACUUGCUACCAGUAGCUGAACGAAGGCCCCAUCUCAGAAGUUAUGUAGUGAAAUGUCACCAAUAACCAUGAUGCAUGUUUAACAUAGGCCUCCAUUUAAUAAGCUUUCCAAAUUAUUCAAUACUGUUCGAAAAACCUUCCAAGUGAUUUAUUUACAGAAGUCACAAUGAAUGUCUAUGGGAAUUUUUGUAGACAAAUCAUUUAGACAGUUUUCUAACAAUAUUGAAUAAUUUGGAAAACAUUUUAAAUCAAGGCCAAAGUGUUAUAAAGUUUCAAACAAUAUUGUCAAAAGAGUUCACGUGGGACUAAUGUGAGGAAACAGAAAAUUGUUAAGAGAGAGCACUUUCUGAUCAAUCUUCUUCCAGUAAUUACAUUUAAAUGUGUGGUAGUGGAAGAGCUUGAGUGAAAAGUAUGAUAUAUAUUGAGCCAAGGUUAGUUGAAAAAGGGGAGAAAUUAAGAUUGGUGGAUGGGGUUUUGCAAGACAGAAGGGACGAGAAGCAUUAGAGGUGGGUGCUCAAGACAUAGUAUUGCAAUGUGUAGGAAUGCUUACAAGUAAUGCUAAAUAGUGAUUAACGGUACAAAGCCAAGUAUAUAAAGUGAAAAAGUCAAAAUAUACUUAAUGAAUGUCUUUCUGCACAAAAAUAUCAAAUGACCACGGAAGUCAAACAGAUAUACUGUGUCAUCCUACAAAUAGUUCAUUUUGUAUUUUAUAUCCAUAUUUUAAAUUGAAUUACAAUUGAUUACAAAAUGUAUUGCUAUUACUUACAUUUAUGGCAUUAGAGAAUUCACAGUACACCAGUUUGGCUUUCUUUCACAGUUACAGUAGGUUUAUCAAACUUCAUUUGGUUUUUAAUAAUAUUCACUUUGUUUUCUUUUUUCUUAAAUCCACCUUUUCUACUUUUUUUUUACCUGACCCGUGUUGCUUCUAUUUUUGUUUCGAAAUACUGAGUGUUCUAUAUGAUUUUGUUCAGUUAUUUGAAAAUCUGUAGGGAGUUAAAUACGACUGAGAGCAUCGAUCUUCUCCAUCAGAAUAAACAGAUCAGUGAACUAAUCAUCUUAAUUGAUCUGUUGAAUGUUAACUUGCAAAAAAUGCAAAUUAGAGUUGAUUAUUCUAAGCUUUUAUUUGCACAUUUGCUAGUUAUUGCAAACUAUCCAGAAGUAAUGAGUUUAGAUAAGAUCAUAUCAACUGACAGAUGAAUACAAUCAUAUCAGUAUAUCAAUUUGGAUCAUGAUAUAUUUUGGAUUUUAGAAAUGGAGCAUUUAUUUUAUAUGUGACACUUUGGCAAGUAAGGUUAAGGUACACGGUGUAGAGAGAGAGACGUAGACUAAUGGGAACUCAUGCUUAUACUUAUCCCCAUGCAAGAUUUGGCACUAAAUAAAUAAACUGGGAAUAAUCUGAGAACAAACCUUCAUCAACUAUCAAAUUAAUAGCUACAUAAUUAAAACAUUUUGCACACUCCUGAUAUUUUCAAGACAGAGGUGAGCAGUAAUGAAUUGAAAUGUACAUGCAGACGAAUGGAAAACCCAGAUGGAGGUUUUGGUAGUACCAUUUCUUAACAAGGAGAACAAUUAUGUAAAAAAAAUAAAAUAUAUAUAUAUAUAUAUAUAUAUAUAUAUAUAUAUAUAUAUAAUAUAAUAUAUCAUAUAUUAAUUCUCCACAGUGUGUCACCAUUAGCAACAUACCUACCUAUUUAGUGAUCUGUUUCAUUGACAGCUUAUUAUGUAGACUAUCAUUAUCUCUAGACUAUCCUAGUCUUAAAAUAAGGCCAUGGACUAAUGAAAGUAUUAAGAAAAUUGGGCAGACUAGAUUGGCCGUCACAUUCUAUGUUUCAAUGUUUCUAUGUAGUCAUACAGAUUCAGUAAUGGUAAAUAGCAUGAAGGGUUACUGAGCUUUCAAAAUUCUAUAUCCAAUCAUUUCUAUAUACUCAUCAUAUACUAAAUUAUAAUAAUUUCUAUCCAGAAUAAGGAAUUUUUGUUUUUGUUUAAAGAGUAAUUCUUGCCAGUUAGAGUGAAUUCUUGCCAUUUAUACAAGCAAAAAUCUUACCAGUCAUGCACACUGCAUUCUGAUUGCCCCCCAAAAAAGGGCAGACUAGUUUUAAGUGGCAAGAAAAAAACAACACCAGAGAACAAGCUUGAAAAACUAGAACAAGUGUCAGCAACUAAAGGGAACAAGUUUACUUAACUUAAAUAGUAUUGUAUUUUUAAUCUUUAUCCUAAAAAUAAGACAUAUAGAUUAUUUCUGGUUUUAAGAUGUUCUAAAGGGACGUACGUUCUGUUUGAUUUCAAAUAUUUAUAUAUGUCAAAUUUGCUUUAAAUUCACUUUGAAUUCCCAGCAAUUCAAACUUCGACUAAUACCGUUGUGCUCUGGUGCAGAAACACAUGUGAAACAGACUACUCUACAUCAUAUCACCAUACUCUAUAUCUGACUUCAUAUAUUUAAAUAACUAAGAUUCUAUAGAAAAUAUUUGUAAAUUCAAUAUUUUUAUUAAAAAGUAAGAACAAAAUUAUAGACGUGCAUACUUUUAUUCAUCAUGCUGUGAUUCGUUGUGUGUAGAAGAGCUAUUUGCAUUUGGCAUACCAGAAAAUUGUUUUGGGAGUUUAAAUAAAAGAGUAUAAUGCAUAUUUAGUCAAGCAUUACUGUACUAACGUAUUAAAUAGAUUAGAAAUAAAUGAAAGCAAUUAAGGAACCUGUCUAAGAAAUGUAAUAUAUCAGAGACAUGAAUCAAUUGUUUGCACAAAACAUUACGACUGGCAGUAGAUGAGAUUUAAUCAAGUAUGUGUGUUCUACAACAUUUGUGUUUAAGAAAAAUGAUUAACGAACAUAGACGAACAGUAAUUUCAGUUUUCAGCAAUCUAUCAUGUAUAAUCUUUCUUUGUUCAUGUAAAAUGGGCUACCAAUACUACACUGCAUCGGGGAAGCCUGUAGCAUGGAAAAUGAGAAUAGAUUGCAAACAUUUCUUUACUUUUUUUGUGUUUUUGCUUUUCUAAAUUGAAAAGGAAAACAAAAGAAAAAAAGCCAACAUGUAGAAAAAAACAAAAAAAAUACAACACAAACUAGAAUUUCCAUCAUGUGUCCUUAAGGAGAUAAUUUGAAAAUUAUCACUUAGCUAGUCCCCUUUUUCAACCUUUGUUAUCCCUCUGUUAGUCUUCCAGGUAAAAAUGUCCUUCGUUUUAACAAACCACUCAUUCUGGACUGUUACUAUGGAAGAUAGGAAAAAUCAGGUUAGAAAUGCAGUUUGGUCCUUGUCACCACAAUGUACUGCCAGAAUAUGGUUUUCAAUCUUAUUACAUUUUUUUUAAAUAAUCGCAUUGCAAUUGACACAAAGACCAAUAUUCACAGAGUUUUACUAAUUCAUUAUUAGACUAGUCUUGAAUAUGUUUUUAUUAUUAUUUUUUGGGGGGCUAUUGGUUCCCUGUACUAAUAUGCCCAAUCAUGGAUUUUUAAACAUCUUUUAUUGACAUAAAAGUAUAUUAUAAAGCAUAAAUACUAACAGCCCUGUGUUGUUUUCACAAACAGGGCUAUAGCAAUUUAUGGUAUAAUUCCAGGAAUUAUAGACUACUUGGGACUUAUUGUCUAAUCCACUCUGCAAUUUUGGUUUUACAUCUUAUUUGGGACACUUUAUCAAAUACAUUUAUUAAGAGCCAUACACAGUAUUAUAUAUAGAUAUAUAUUCAUUUAUCAUUUAUCUGAAGUCUAUACCUAUUUUUAUUACAUUUCAUUUUUUUUAUCUAUUGCUCCUGGAUACCCACACUAUAUGGUAUAGUGUACUAUAUUUUAUCUGUAUGUUUUAUAGGAUUUGGUGAAUUCCUUUUCUUUCCAGUUUUAGAGCUAACUUAUUUAUUGAUCUUAUUUGCCCUGUCUUAUUCCCUCUUAUCUUUCUGCAAUAUUCCCUUUCGAGAAUAUCAGGAAUUUGCUUUUUACCUUUAGUCUUGAAUAUGUGUAGCCCUCUGUGAACUUGGUGUGAGGAGGUACUUUGAAAAGUGUGGGGCUCCAUAUAUCUCUCUGGUGACAGAGUUUCUUGAUGGUUUUGGAUGAGUUAAAAAGAGAUAGUUGCAGGACACUUAAUGACACAGCAGCCUUGUACUUCUGCCUGCAUCCAACAUCAAUGAUCUACUUUCAUUACAUUGGAGAACUGUUUACAAACCUUUUUUUUUUUUUUUACAUUGAAAUUGUUGAACGUAGACCAGAGAAGUUCAAAUUUGAAUCCAAGAAAGCAGAUCUGGCAAACCUGGAGUGUUAGACGGAGAAUCCUUCCAAUUUAGCUAUAUUGGCCUACAAUUUGCAAUUUUCUGACCAUUUCCCAAUGAUUUCAUCUUUUGUUACUUUUUUUUUACUAAGCCAUCUAAUUGUAUGGAAUUUACCAGUUUUACAGCGAAGUUGAAGAAUUUGACUAUUUUGGUUGAGAAUUUGCAAUUUUUAGCUGAAUUCCCAAAAGCCCUGUAUAAAUAGAGGUAUUUGCUAAAAGCAUUACAAAACAGUACACCAGGAAUUAGUACUUAAGUAGCUCAGGAAUUUUAAUUAUUUAAUAAAAGUAAAUUCACCGGAUUAACCCUGCCUGUUAUACCUGAUAGUUAUCUGGGUAUAUUAAGAGAUGCCAAAAAACUGACAUCUCUUUCUGUACUCACUUAUUUUUUUGGUUGCAAUUUAUCUUAGGAAUGUUAAAGCGUGCAGAUUGAAAGCCCACUAAGUAUCUUUAUAAGGACAUUAAAAGAAACCAUAUAUUUUAUGUCAAUUCAUCAUAUUUUAAAACCAGAAAAUCUUCCAGAAACCAAAAUAUUAGAAAAUAUAUUUUUUUAAAUUGUACUUAUUUUAUUUAGCUCAUGAAUGAUUAAUCCGUUUUUACGCCACUGUUUUAAACAGGGAUACAGAAUACAAAGGAUUACAGCUGUCAUUGGAUCAAGUAACCACAAAACCUUCAUUUUCUUAUGCAAAUUCAAAUUCAGCCAUAAAUGACACCAGAAAGACCAGCAAGUCUCGCAUCUCCAGUUCAAAGUCUAAAUCUCGGACAUCACCAUACCCACAGGUAGGUGUCAUUGAUUUCUUACCUCUCACUGGCAAAGCUGCCAAUUUAAAUGGUGGACAUAUCAUGUUUAAUCCGCAAUCUGUCAGAGAUGACUGUUAGACAUCAGAUCAUACAAUGCUGAAAUAAUUCAGUGAUACAGUAUGUUUGUCUACUUGCUGAUUUUUUUCUGCAGCAUGUAAGGCCAGAUGUUCUUACAUUUUUUUAUUUGUAAAUCAAGUGACGUAAGAUGUACACUGUAAUAGACUGGUUUAGAUAUGAUUUGAAAGUGCAACUGUCACUUCUCUUGAAUAAAACAUUUCACAUUAUCCAUUUUCUUUUAAAGUUAUAUGAAAGAUCUAGCACAUUACACCACAAUCAAGGUCAGUGAAGGCACAGCCAGGGCUCGUAAUGCAAAUGAAGAGGGGAAGUAGAAUUUUUUUAAAUUUCUCCUUAUCUCGUUAUGCUAUAACUGCCACAUACAAAGGACAUAACGUAUAUCAAUGAUUAAUAGGGAAGCACCAAUUCCAGGAGAGUGGAGUAUAUACCUACAUUUAAUAAUAUUUUUUACACAGCACAAACAUAUAUUUGUUAAAAAUUUAGAAUAAGUAAAAAUAAUAUUAUAUUUAAAUACAUUAAUGUUGGUAAUAAAUACAAGGUGGUAUGUAUAUAUAUAUUCACAAAUAGAUAGAAGCUGAGUUUAUGUGAGUUAAAGUGUUUUAUUAUGUUACAUUAUGUUAGUUAUUAUUCUCAAUAAAAUACAUUGGUCCAGAUUAGAUGGAUAGUUUGAAUGAUGAAUCAGCGUGAGUUGAUUGUUCAUAUAUUUUACAGUUGAUUCAGGAACAAACGGCUAAAUCUAGAUCAAUCACCGUGGAAACCAAAGGAAUUUGUUGUUGAUUUCUCUAUUUAAGAGCUGUGCUUAGAAUUGGUCAUGCACAUAAUUUAUUCUCAUUUUGGAUUUACAAACAUUUAAAAACAAAACAAAAAAACAAACCCUCCAUAAAAAAUAUUUUAUUAUAAUAGCAAAUAUCAAUGAUGUUGAUUUGCUGUGUAUACAAUAUUUAGCCAUAAUGCCACUUGUAUUUGUAUUUUGAUGUAGUUUAGUUGAUAGGUCCCUUGCAAAAUUUAAAUAAUUUUAUGUAUUAAACAGUGAUAACUGGUCUGUAGGGUUUGUUUUAGUUGAAGAUGUACCAAAGAGCAGAUCUCUGUAUGGAUUAUGGCUGCUUUGGUGAUCACAUGGUGGAACAGAUGGAUAAAAUAUAUUAUGUGAAUAUAAUGAGUGAAGAAUGUAGUUGUGUCUUUGCAGUUAAAUGAAAGGUCAUAAUCUCCUUUGUACUAAAACUGCUUUCAAUGAGCGCUAUUAGAAGAAAACUGUCCAAUGUGCUUUUUAUCUUCAUCAUAAAUAGAGCAAAGAGACAUUAACUCUCAGUGCUAGCAAAGCUGAUUAGUCGGGGGUCAGUGCAGCAUGUAUAAAGUGCAUGCAUUCACUCUGCCGACCUGUGUUCUUCCUGGUUCUGAUGAAUGAAUGCUGUGCUCAUUACAUUUAUCAGGGAACCACUCUGGCAGUUCUGGGAUAAUUACUUUCUAUGUGUUAAAGAAAAUGUUUUAUAUAUAUAUAUACAUAUAUAUAGUCAAUACAAUGUUAAACAUAAAUCUGCACACCAGUCAAGCCAUAAGACUUGCUUUUCCCACUUUAGGUGGAAGGGGCUUUCAAUCACAAUUUUUUCCCCACAAUAACUUUUUUGGUUUUUGCUAUAUAUAUGUGUGUGUAAAAAACAGAUCAAAUUUGUAUCUUGUAAUACUUUUUUUUAUUGGAUGAAAAUAAUUUUUUAAUGACAAGCUUUCCUCAAAGAAAGGGAGGUUCUCCCGAAAACCGGUCAUUUAUCUGUUUUUUACAUUUACAUCAGUGGACUAAUACGGCUACAAUCUCUACUUGAACACUAUAUAAAUAUUUACAUACGCACAAACACACACACACACACACACAUAUAUAAAAAAAAGUAACAUUUUGGUUCAUAGUAUAUACCUUUAUCAAACAUUAUAACAGUAUCUAUCCAUCAUAAUUAUCCACUUUCGGAUCCAAUAUUAAAAUGGAAAAUCUAAAUUGUUUAAAUAAAUGAGGGCUCUAUAGUACUGCCAAUACUAGAGAGACAGAAUACUCCAUGUUGGCUUGAAGUCUUUGGGGACCAGACUGUGGUUGCAAACAUUUGGUAUUUGGUCCUUCAAGGGUAAACAAUGUGCUGUUACCAGCCAGAUUUUGCAAGACAUUUUUUUCUUGUUGCAGCUAACAUGAUGGGGACUAUGCGUUUUAAAUCUAGUAAGGCAAAAGGAGAGAGUGACCAGGCGUGAUUUUAAUAGCAUAAAACACAAACCCCUUACUAGGCAAGGAAAGAGCAUACUAAAAUAGAAAUCAUAUUUUAUUAUGUGUAUAUUCAUAUUUUAAUGUAAAGAGUGCAGUAUAUAUGCAUUUAUAAUGUUUAUUUAUUUAUUAUUUUCUAUUUAUAUAAUGCCUGAGGAAUGUUCUCUUAAACCGAAGUACUGUUUCUACCUCACCUUUUUGUUUUAAGAAAAAUAAAUGAAUCAAAGAGUAUUUCUUUGUCUUCAGGGACUCCAGAGAUACAACUGUGUGAAUCUCUCUCUAUCUUUUUCUCUUCUUCUCUCAUACCGAUAGGAGAAUGAAAAUUAAAAUGUGGAAUAUGGGUAUUAUUAUUAGUAUUAUUUGCCAGCUGGAUGGGUUCUGGGUCUUUGAGGUUUAAUAGUUGCUUGUGCCAGAGGGCCUGGGUACCCUAAUGGCAAAUAGGUGUUUUAUAGUUUUGUGGAUUUGGACUACUUGACCCAUUCUUUAACUGCCUCAUCACCCAGCUUAGAGGAAGGAGUUAAGAGUAUAGGGGAGGGUUUUUGGGGUACUAUUAACCCCUUGCUCCCUGCAUACCCUGCAGCUCAUGCAUAUCGGAAGAGGGCAGAGUGUGCAUGAGUUUUCUUCAGCUUAAUAUUAUUAAUUGCUCAACUUUGCACAUAAAUUGCCUUCCCAAUAUGGAUUUUAACUCUUCCCCUUUGUCAAAGGGGUUAAGAAAAGGCACAGGUCAUUACCAGUUUUCCUUUGUUUGUAAUGGUCUAAUGGGAUCUAUGUUCUUUUCAUUAGUUUCCCUCCACCUGUGUGGAAGAAUGACAUUAGGCCAGAAGACUAUCAUCAUUGGUGUCCCUUUCCAAUUUUGCAGCUGUUUCUGUUGAUACUUUUUUAAAUUCAUUUUUUUUAAUAAAAGGUAUUUUAUCUCUCGCCAGCGUAAAUUUUGUAAUAGAGUUCAAUGAAAGGGCCAAAUAUAAAGCAUUAUGUUUGAAAGUUUAUUUGAGGGCACACUGUUAUUCCACAUUUUCCAGAUAGCUUUGUUUCACUAAUAUGCAUUGUAAAUGUUUUAUUGGUAUGUAUAUGUCAGCCAACUAAGAACAUACUAUGAAAAGUGUAAUAUGAGUCGCUUUAGAUGAGCAGAACUUCACAGAAACCUGCUCAAUGUGAGCUGUCUUCACAAUGUCCCACAAUGCCAUGCUUCACUACUAUUUCAACCCACAUUAUCUCUUUUUAAACCUACGGGUCACCUUGUUUAACACAUUUUUUAAAUAAAGUUUUACAUAACUGAAUCAUAAUCCAGUUAAUGCUCUCUAUCAUUUUGUACUUGUAUGCCAAAUUAUGUACAUAUUACUCUUCGUAAUCUUUACUAAUUAAAAAUUACUAUAUAACAAAAAAGAGGGUCUCUUAUUCAGGAAGUAAGCUUAUUAAGAGCAGACGGAAGCACUCAUAAAAGCUAUUUAUAGUCUAUUCGUAGUCUGGACUACACACACACAGAACAUUCAGAUCUUCCAGUUUGCAGAGGAUCUCCUUACUGCUAUGUGACUGCUAGUUCUUGCUUACCACUUGCUAAUGCUGGGUCCAUUCAUUGUUGCACCAUAGUUUAUUUUAGGAACAAUUAAGGCACCAUUAUAGAUGUUCUAUGUAUAUUAUUGAUUUAAUAUUAAUAUUCUUAAUAUUCUUUUCCAAUCCAUCUUAUCGUUUUCUUUUUCACUUUGUGAAAGCACAGAUGUAAGGGACAUAUUUAUUUAUUACCACAUUGUCUGUAAAUCUUUAUAUCAAACGAGAUCGAUGUGUAUAUAUAGCUAUGCAAACGGCAUUCAAGAAGCUCUGAAGAAAUCCACGUACAAUAUGCUGCACCGCAGCUUGCACAAGUAGCUUAAUUCAUGGGUUUCAUGAAUGCAGGUCUGCUGUACCAAGUUUGAAUAAAAGCGAACUGUGCCUCCCUUCUACUGCAUCUCUGAAAGCUGCAUAAACAUGUUUUAAUCUUGAAAAUAAUUCUGCAUAAUAGGAAUUGCAGUAGAGAAAUUUUCAAGAAGACAAUGAGAAAACGAUAAAAUAGAAAUAUAUCUCGUAGUCAUACGGAAAGGUUUGUCUCUUUGUUGGGAGCAGUGGGGUCUCUAGGAUUCAUUUUUAGGGGGGGAGAGGGCACAUGGUGGGACAAAAGUAGGGGGGCUGUUAUAAAACAUGUAUGUAUGUAUGUGUGUAUACACACUCUCCCUUAAUCUCCUUACAAACUGCAGUCUCAGCCACGUAGGUAAUGUGUCACACCUUAGAUGUAGCCACACCGUCCGUAUUACUGUUACAUGUAUCUAAUACCAAAAUGUGUUUAUUGAACAUCACUUUUUCAUUACCUGUACUGUACUCUCUUUUUUACCCCAUGGAAUGAAGAAUCCAUGUAUUUUUGCCCCCUUUCUGCCCCCCCCCCCUCCUAGCAUCCAUGUCUCGGUUCCACACCCUUUCAUGUCUUUUCUCCCCCCCUUCUUCCAUGUCGUGGAUGUCAUUUGUAUUGUAUGCAGUGUGUGUAUUGAAUACUUUGUGUGUGUGUGUGUGUGUGUGUGUAGUCUAUGCAGUGUCUGUGUUUGUGUAGUGUAACUAGUGUUUGUGUGGUGGAUGCAGUAUGUCUAGUGGAUGCAGUGUCUGUGUAGUGGAUGUUCAUGUAGUAGUGUCUGUGUAGUGCAUGUUGUGUUGGAUAAGUGCUGGGGGGUGAGCUAUUUAAAUUAAAUUGGGCUUAACACACCUCCCUGCUUCUCCCUGGGCUGGAAAGGGAGAGACAGUGUGUAUGAAGGUGAUAGCACAGGGGGGGAGUGUGUAGGAAGGUGACAGUAUAGCAGGGUAGUAUGUAGGAAGGUGACAGUAUGGGGUGCAGUGUGUAGAAAGUUGACAGUGUGGGGCAGUGUAUUGGAAGGUGAAAGUGUGGGGGUCAGGGAUAACAGUGUGGAUGGGCAGACUAACAGACAACAUGCCCUCACUGAUACACACUCACUGACUAUAAUUGUAUCACACACUGUUUAAUUAACACACAUUCUCUGACAGACACACACUGGCACGAACACACUCUCAGAGAAACAUGCACUCACUGACAUACACACACUCACUAACACACACACACACAUUCACUGACAAACUCACUGACAGACACAGACCUACUGGCAGAUACACACUGACAGUCACACACACACACAACCACACACACAGACUCUCACUGAUUUGACAUACACACAUUCACUAACAGACACAGAUACACUCACUGACACACACACACAAAUUCACUGACAGGCACACAAACACUCAAUGACAAACACAGACUCUCACUGAUGUGACAGACACUCAGACAGACACAUACAAAUUCACUCUCACACACACUCACAAUUAUUAAUUUUAUUUUAAUUUGUCCACUCAGCCUCCCUACCUUUAGGAGAAAAGGAGUGGAGCAGUACCCGGGGUUCAGACUGGCUGCUGUGAGGUGGGCGGCUGUGAGCACAUCAGAGGUGGAGAGGGAGCUGUAAUCCUCCUGUUCUGCUCCCUCGCGGGAUGUCUACCAAUGAAGGGAGCCAGAAUAUAACAACAUAUUCUGACUAAAUGGCUUGCGAGGGAGCAGAGUAGGAGGAUUACAGCUCGAUCGCCGCCUCUGAUGUGCUCACAGCCCCCCUCCUUGGGGGUCCAUAAACUGCUUUCUCCAAAACAGGAGGAAGCACUGGGGAUGUCCAUGUGGGUACUUUGGGAUAGAUAGAGCCUUUAGACACCCUGUGCGAAGAAUCACACACACAGGCUUACAGUCACACACAGGCAGAGUGUGAUGCACACACAGUUACAGUGACACAGAGGCACACACACACAGCCACACACACAGUUAAAGUCACACAGAAGCAGACAGUCACACACACAAUUACAGUCACACAGAGGCAGGUGGUCACACACACACACAGCCACACACACACAGUUACAGUCACACAGAGGCAGACAGUCACACACAGUUACAGUCACACAUAGGCACACACACACACAUAGUUACAGUCACACACACAGAGGCAGACACCGUAACACACACACACACACACACGCACAGUUAUCUCUGUCCAUAAUGGCCUGCAUGGAGGCAGUACUGGAUGUUGGGAAAGUAGGGACUCCUUCCUGCUUCCACCUUGCUGUGCAGCAGUUACCCCAACCGAUGUCUUCUGGGCACCUUUAGACCCACCCUUCUGUUAUUUGGCCUGUCCCCGUCUCACAGUAAGCCCUGCCACAAUUUUUUUUUUUUUUUAUAUUCCUGAGUGGAUGAUUCAUUUUUCUCCACCAGGGAUUAUUACAAAAACAAACACAUUGCCCUUGUUACAGUGCCUACAUUUGGGGGGGGGGGGGCACGGCAUGAUGUAGGGGGGCCAUGGCCCCCUCUGGAACCACCUAGUGAUGCCACUGCAGCCUGGAGGCUAAAGCUGGUGCAUAUAUAGUUUUACUUUGAAUUUUAUGUUAAGGAGAAGAUUUUACAAACUUAUUGGUGUUGGGGUAGGACAUGGCAAGAACAAAAGAAGAUGAUGAGACAUGAUUAAGACUGAUCAGCCUAAUGGAAGCUGAUUAGUUUGGUUUAAGAAUUACCUAUUAAAGCAAUAACAGUGUUAAUUUAUCAUAUUAUAGAUUUAAUGUUUAUGUGGGUGUGUAUCCAUGUCAUUAUGAAUGAGUUUUAAAAAUGCCAUAUUGUUGCUAGGGUUUUUAACUUGCAGUUCUCCGAGUGACCAAAGCUCUGAGAGCUGUUGUUUAAUAGUAGCUAGUUAGCUAAUAAAUUAUCUUGGAUGGAAAAUGAAUACACAUUGGUUGCACAUUUUUCCUGCCUGCCUGAUAGCCAGUAAUGUAUCCUAUUUAUAGCUCAGCUUGUUUUUCAUAUUUUAUUACAAGAUAAAAUUCAUACCUAAAUAGGAAACAUGCCUCAUUAGGCAUAACUAUAAAUAACACAUCUACUAUGCUAAAUUAAUUUAUUAAAAAGCCAAAAUAAACCAUGAUGUACACUUUUAAUUCAGUAAUGUAAAAUUUAAGUAAAGAAUUGUUAAAUUAAACAUUAACAAUAAUUUAUACAUUCCUGUUUUGCUUCUUUUCAAUCUGUAACACAUAUAGUCAAAAUUAAAAGAUCAGCACAAAUUACCUGUUCUCGCUAAAGUUUGUUCGCAUUUUAUAUACGGUAUCCUGUGUCACCCGGCAAAAUAUGGGCUGCAUGCUUGCUGCCUACUGUUACAUGAAUCUAAUACCAAAAUGUGUUUAUUGAAUAUCACUUUUUCAUUACCUGUACUGUACUCUCUUUUCUACAUGUCUGUACAAAACUAAAAAUAAAGUUUGUCUAAAAAAUAAAAAAUAAAAGAUCAAGAGAAAAUUAAGAAUGGACUACAACUCAGAUAACGUGCCCUGUGUGGUACCCUGCUCUGGUCUCAAGCUAGUUUUACUUACUUGUGCCAUUACAGAGAGAACUUUUCCAUUUGCAUAUCAGACUGUUCCUACCCAAAUGGUAAUCUGGAUAUGGAACCUCUUGUUCACUGUGCCUACAGGCCUACAGGGAUAUCAACCACAGCUCCCUGAUGAGAACCAACCAAGCCAAAAUAAUCAUCUGGGGCAGGUGGUGCAGAUGCAGUCUGUCAAAAUUUCACAUCUGGACUGUCCUUUUUGUGGGAUUAGUCUGAUAUACAGAUUUGUCAGAUUCUCUUUGCGAUGGUACAAGUUUGACUUGUUAUCUAUUCUCAGUAUUCUCUUGUGCUGUGAUUUGAUUUGUAUAGUAUGGGCAGGGCUGGUGCAAUGAUUUUUGGCUGCACAGGUGAAGAUGCAUUUUGCCAUCCCCUUACAAUUCAUUUUCACCUGUCUGUCUCUUAAACUCCCCCUUUUGCCUUUCCCACCCAUCCUUUGUGUGUCUCAUAGACCCUCCUCUUUGAGUCUAUCCUGCUCCCCUUUUCCUUCUAUUUUGGGUCUGACCUCCAGCUGUAGCUUGACCUUGUGGACUGCAGUAGAGAAUCUGCUUGCUGCUCACAGUGAGCAGCUUCAACGCAAACCAGGUAGAGGAUAAAGAAGAUUCUCUACCGCAGUCUGCAAGGCCACGCUACAGAGAGUGACUGGUGGACAUUGCACCCCUGGAAUGGUGUGCCCUAAGCAAUAGUAGAUAGCCCUGAUUGUAGAUAUUUGGCACAAUAAGCAAAACUAGAGACCAUUUACAUUGUAAGAGCUGUGGGUUGUGUACCUCAGACUUAAUAUCAAGUCCCUCUCACCUCCCUCUCUCACAUUUACCAACUUUUACUUGUUUCACUUUUACUUGAAUAGCUAGAUCUUUAUCUAGAAAGUCCUUAAUAAUGCUUGAACAAGAUGACCACAUACCUGAGAAGAAUGUGGAUAAAAAGAGUGAUAUUGUGACACCAGUGAUCACAUAAGCUGAAAAGAUUUGUGUUGAUCAAGUGCAGUCUUUCUCUCACAUGUGUUUCUGUUGUUAAUCCAAAAAAAGGCAAAAAAAUGUUUGCAAUUUUGCAACAACUAGGAAUAAAUAUCUUCUCCACCCCAGAAUGGCUGUCAGAUCUCUCCUUGGAUCCAGAAACUGUACCCCACAUAUUCAAUAUUAUAUCCCUGAUUUAUGUUUUUGCAAGAAUGUGUCCAGUUGCUUAAAAAUAUGUACAGAAUUAGAUAAAACCACAUCUUCAGGCAUAGAAUUCUACAUCCUUAUUGUUCUUACUGUAAAGAACCCUUUCCUCUGCCUUGGAUUAAAAGUCUUUUUUCCAGUCUAAAUGAAUGAUCAUGUGUUCUAUUAUAGUCCUAUUCAUUAAUAGAUUUCCAGACAAUGUUUUGUAUAGGCCGCAAAUAUAUUUGUAUAAUGUUAUUAUAUUCAUUCUCAUGUGCCAUUUUUCUAAACUGAACUAAACAGAUUUUUUAGCCUUUCUUCAUAAUUAAGAUCUUCCAUAUCCCUUUUCCCAGUUCCUUAUUAAUAUCCUUACGUAGAACAGAUGCCCUUCAACCUUCUGGCCAUUCUGUUCCCCAGCACAACAGACCCUUUUCCGUUUAGGUGCAAUCCAUCACGGCUACAGACACUGUUCCUAAGCACAAAAAGAAACAAGUGUAUCAAAUACUAAAACCCUUCUUCCUACAUCCCGACUUCAGCCACGCAUUCAGCUCCAGGCCUUUCCCCUGUAGCACAUGGCACAGGUAAUAUCUCUUAACCCUUUAACCCCUUAAGGACCAAACUUCUGGAAUAAAAGGGAAUCAUGACAUGUCACACAUGUCAUGUGUCCUUAAGGGGCUAAGGACACAUGACAGAAAUAUUCUGUGAUGAUUCCCUUUUAAUCCAGAAGUUGUUUCCUUAAGGGGUUAAAAUACUACCUUUGAGGUAAUUUUCUUCAGUUUAUUUGAUAAUUAUCUGAAUCUUUCUUUAGGACUUUCCAUCUUCCUCUGACUUUGCCAUUAAUGCCUAUAUGUACAUUGACAGCUGGGACAUCUUCUCCCAAUCAUCCAUCCACACUGUCAGCAACAUGCUGGACCCAAGUAUCUGGGAGACAAACUGUCCAGUUGAGGUUAUCUGUCUAUGUCUACUCUUUGAGUAAUAGAGUCUCCUAUCACCACAACCUGUAAAACCUUUCUUACAUUCUCAGUCCCACCCAUACUAUAGGGGUGCUCCACGGGCUGUUAAAGAACAGAAUUCUGCAGUACAGUCACUCCUGAGCUGAUUAUACAUUUAAAUGAGCAAGUCUGUUAGGGUGUCCAAAAUCAGCACUAGCCAAACCUUUCCUCUUCCCUCCCACAGCUACCACAUGUAACCACAACCCAAUAUGCUCCCUAGGUGUCAUUUACAUUUGCUAACUACACCUUUACAAUUGUGCCACAAGAAGCUUUAAUAGUUCUUCGUGACUCCAACUGAUGUAGUGAAGCCCACUUUAAGCAUUAUAAUUCAUAUUCGCCAAACAGUUGGAAAAUGUGUAGAUUGUUACUUAACUUCAUGUUCAGCCCCCACCCCUCACCCCAUGAAGAGACAUUUUUGGGAAAGAAUGACUUUGUAUCUCUACAACAUUGAAUGUAUACAUUGUGUGUGUACUUGCCCGAUGUUGACUUUGUCAUCCACAUAUUUUUGUGAAUUUCACAGUUGCUUUGAUCUGUCAAAAUCUUUUUCUGCAAUCCGUACAGGUUACGCAUAAUUCUAGACUGAAUAUAUAUUAUCUGAAUAAAAAAAACCUUCAAUAAAAAAGUGUGUUUCAGCUGCAGAAAACCCUCUCUGUCAUGCUAGACUAGAUUGCAUAGUGUAAAAAUCCAACCAUGAUUUUAUUACAAAGAUGGAAUGGGUCUGAGAGAGCUCACUCUACAAAUACUUUCUGAAAAACUGUUUCAGGAAUGAAUUCACUUUAACCCCUUAAGGACACAUGACAUGUGUGAGAUAUCAUGAUUCCCUUUUAUUCCAGACGUUUGGUCCUUAAGGGGUUAAAGCAAGAAAUGUGAAAGUUUAGAGAUAAAGAAAGUUUGCAAAGAAAAAAAUAAAUAAACUCCAGAAUGUUAUUUAUUUCCUAUCUGCUCUUGUUGACUAAUAUGUGCAUUUCUCUUGUGUAUGUUCCACUAUCACUGGUUUAAUGAAUAAUCCCCUCUUAUGAAACUGUGUGCCAUGCCAGACACAAAUCAAAAUACAGUUUUAUUCAUCCAUGUAAGUAUAACAAAUACAUACACAGUAUAUUUAAAAAAAACAAAAAACACUAUAGACAUCUCAUUGAAGUGGUCUGGGUGCAGUGUCCCUGUCCCCUAACUUUGCAGCUGAAAACUUUUGAUUAUUGCAGCUGAAAACUACAUUGCAGAGUUAAGACUGCCUCUAGUAGUCUAAGCAGUUUCUGCAGUUUCUUGGAGUUUAACUCUGUGAAAUUAUUCUGGACGUCCUCCCGCUGUGCAUGAGGACAUCUAGCAUCUUGCAAAACCCCAUAAGAAAGCAUUGAUUCUAUGCUUGCCUAUGGGGAAGGUCUAAUGCUUGCGGCACUUGCCGCGCAUGCAUAUUGGGUUACCCCUCACAAUGAAGUAGGGAGGCAGAGGGUGAGUCAGCACCAAGAGACUUCACCACUGGUAUCAGGUAAGUGUUUAAAGGGUUGUUUAUCCCUUUCAUUGUCACGGGGUGAAACUGAGGGGCCAGGUGGAUACUUUAGUGUGAGCAAUACAGCUUUUUAUUUCUAACACUAUAGUGUUCCUUUAAGGUCAGACAUUUCUACCUACUAAUGCUUAAGUAUUAACCACCACAGGACCAAUGGUCAUCUGUGCUGUUGUAACAAUAUCAUCUUAAAUGGAAUGCUUUACACAUUUUAACAGUAAGGAUAUGUGGAGAUACCAAUAAUACAUGAGAAGGGGAAUCCAUAUUGUUCUGCUGGUUCUCAAACGGCUACGCAAUCUGACUGAUAUAUUAUUCUGUAAGUAUAACAGUACUGCUUUUAAGUUUUUUAAUGUUGCUUUACAGUUUUUUUUAAUCAGCCCCUGCUUUAAUUAUGAAGCCGGAGCUGAUGGGUCCUGCAUCUUUUUAGCAGGUAGAUGGGCUACUGUUUACCACCAACCCAGUGAUUUCACACCCUCUUCAGUGCACAACUCUGCAGUGCUGUAUUUUAGAGCAAAUGUGACAAGACCAAAAGGUACUUUUUAAAUCUUCAUUUUGUCUUUCUAUAUAUUUUAUUGUGCAGUGGCACAUUUUUGCAUAGUCUAUUAGCUGUUUUUAUACUUGGUAUGAUAUAACUUGCUCCCAACUGUGGUGUUCUGUAGAAUAUAAUUUUUUUAGGAAAUAAAUAUUACUGUUGAUAGUAUUAGUAGAACUCUACUUGUAGCAGAUCAUUACAUUAGAAGAAAGAAGAAACUUGCAGUGGCAAACAUAUGGUAACCAUAACACCAGUUGUGAUAUUUGUGGAAAUCCUGCAGCCACAUGUGUAGAGAACAUAAAUAAACUGAUAAGCCUUCUCCUUGUGACACAUAAAGAACAAAGCUCAAACGUAAAUCAUUAAAUGAGUAAACAAACAAAUAAAUAAAAACGAGAUGCAAGCAAUAAAUGCGCAAUAAAAUUAAAGAAUGUGAAGUACAGUAAAAGAAGCUAUGAUAUAUUUUAAACUGCAAUAUACUCUGUAAAUCUGAAAAAAAUCCUUAAAUAUGCAUAGAAAUGAGAAAUAACUUAAUUGAAGUGGGGUAAAAAUAAAAAUGAAUGCAAAUAGUACAACAUUAUUGUUAUGUAGUUUUGUAUAUACCCCAAAAUAGAUUUUACAAGCACCCCCUUUCUUUAGCAACCAUGCGGAUAGUAAAAGGAAUAUAAGAGGAAAAAAAGGCUUCCACUACAGAAAAGUUGGCAUAACCUCUCACGCAGUGUACUUUAGCCUAUGUAAUUAUUUUUUGGUUCCUUUUUUUACAAAAGUUCAUUUUAAAUUUUGAUCUUUGGAGCAUGGUUGUGCAGAUUUAACUUCUCCAUAUUCCCCCCUUAUAAGAUGCAUAUUCUAUACUGCUUUUUUUUUCGGAGUCCUUUGUUUCCAGCUGAGUAUGAGUGCUAAUAUAACAAAAGGGGUUCAUGCUGAUUAUGUUUUUUGUUUACUAUUUUGGUAUAAAAAAAUGUGGAUGGAUAGACAAGAGUGGGAUGUCCAUUGUCACACUCGAUCUUGGAUUAUCCCAGCACUGUGAUUUUCGGUAGGACAAAUAGCAGAGUGCCUUAUACUUUUGAAAAUGAAUAUUCUUUUAAACACAUAUACUAUUGGCCUUUUCACGAUUUCCCUAUUUUGUCUAUAUUUGUCAACUGGGACUUUCUACCUAACUGAAUUAGAUUUUUGUGUGGACAAGUGAAAGGCAGGUGGACAUGGUUAAGUAUCAUUGACAGAAUUCCUUUCCAGAAGAGUAACCUGUUAUAGAGUACCGGGGCAUUGGAGACAGUAUAAUCUAUACUUAAUAUGGUGAUUAAUGGGGUGAUUAUAGUUCAGACCUCCUUAGAACACAAGGGGGCCUUAAGUAUACCCACAAAAUGGAAAAAGAGUUGGGGGUAUCAGCUUAGUCUAAUGUGUAUUAUCAUUAACCUACACCCUACUGUGCAAGUAGUAUAGAAUAGGAACAUUAUAUGACAUGAAACCCCCUAAUUAGAAGUGAGAGGGAUUAAUUUGUUUUUCUUCUGACUGUCCAUACCUUUGAACAUUGGUUUGAUGUUUGGUAGGGGUUUUGAUGACCCCUACUUGUGAUUUUUCAGUGUCGCGUUCUUUAAGAUACGACAUCAGGAACACCUGAACUUAAAUGCCCCACCUAAAAGACUAACAAAGCUUGAAUUUCCAAGUCAGAUAUCUGUAGAUCACUAGUUUGUUACAUUUGUGUAUUAAUUAUUUGCUACAAUAAGUUCAUUAGUGCAGCAUCACGGUUUAUUACAUUAUUGUAUUUUUGUUUUCUAGAAGUAAUAUUCAAAAAUCACUGUCUAGUUUUAACCUGCAACAUGUAAUAUACCUUUGCUGUAUAAUUUUAUAAUUUUAUUGUAUUACAAUUACCUUUUGCUCUUCAAACAUACCUGCCGUGCAAACAAUUUUUAUUAUUUAUUAAUUCACCAAAAUGUAUAUAGUGAUUUGAUCUAGAGAUAAUUACUAAUAAUAGAUAUGAAAUACAUAUUUAUUAUGAAGUCACUGCAUAGUUUUAAAUUGUUUCUUUAUUAUCAGUUGUGCAUACAAGUUUUAAAUCCAAAGCUUAAAAUAUGGUUAGUAAAAAAAAAUAACUCCACAUGUUUUGUGAGGUCCUGGUGAUGGACUGGACUAACAUUUCAGUUUCUAAAUUCCACCCGUAACCUAUAUCAGAUGGUUUAAACUUUGCCUGUUCCCAUCACAUUUGCAUUCAUGUUGAAGGAUUUAUAUCAAAGAGUGAUUAAUAAAUACCUUUUAAACUUCAGCAGAAACCUUUGAUAAAUGCUCAUCUUUACAUCAACUUUAAACACAUAUUUUAUGGAAUGUAAAUUCUAAAGGAUUUAGCCUUAUGUUAAGACCUUCUAUGUGUCACAAAUGUCUUUUCAAACCAGUUUCUUUGAACUGCCAUAAUAUUUUCAUACAUUACAUUCAUACAUAAAUUAUGAAGGGGACGGUAUAUUUAUGCCUCUAGGUUAAGUUCAAAAGGCCCAUUCUUGUAGCUGUUUUGGUUCAAGAGUACAGUUGAGACCGUUACCCUGGUAGAGAAAGCUACAAUUGCUAUAGUAAAUCAGUGCAUGUGAUUCUAAAGUAAAUAUACUAUUAACCAGGUUUUCUCCGAAACAGGGAUGCAAAUGCACAUCUAAUUCUUUAGAUUUAAAAUAUACUUUUUUUCUUUAUUAUUAUUUUGUUUUUUGAGACGGACAUUUCAGUAAUUUAAAGACCACUAAAGUCACCCAGACCAUUCCUAAUUAAGUGGUCUGGCUGCACUGGCCUUGUAGUUCUAACCCAUUAAUGUAAUAUAUUACUGUUUUGUAGAAAUCGGAUUAAAUACACCUUUAGUGUAUGUCUUUCUGACAGCCACAAGAGGCGCUUUCUUCUCCAGAACAGAGUCAAACUCUGUUUUAUAAUCAAAUGCUGCUGAUAGCAGCAUUUGAUUGGAGAUGUGCAGGGUCUGGCUGCACAUGUAUAUCUAAAAUUCAAUGCUUUAAAGCACUGGUUUGGAUGAGUUCAUAUAAGUCAGCAGGCGAUGGAGGCGGAGUUGGCUGCUACAGCGGCAGAGUCCCAUUGCUGGAAACAAUGUGAGUUAAUUUAAUUUAACUUUAAAUAUACAGCACAAAAGGGGUGGACAGUGAUCACAAUGCUACACAGAACCUAUAGUCCUUAAAAAACUAUUUUAUAUUGCAAUGUUAUUUUCUGGACUAUAGAUUCCUUUUUAAGCUAUGUGUUCCAAAUUUGGUGUCCGGAAGAUUAAGGUAUUUCUGUAGGAGAGAAUCUCAAUCACUCCAGUCAGUUUGCUCUCCUGGAAGAAAAGUGCCAUCUAUCCCCAGUGGUAUGAGAAAAAUAUAAUAAAUAUACAGAACACGCAAACCAGGAUAUGUUUAUAUACUUGUAAGUUAAAACAUGCAUAAAUCCUGCAAUAAAUCAUUUAGUUUCUGUAAUCAAUUAGCAUGUAUGUGAAAUCCUCAUUAUUACUAUUUUUUGCCUAAAGUUGAGUUUGCUUGUUUUUCAUUGUGAGUAAUUUUUUUCUGUGAUUUAAAAAAACAAAAAAAACUAAUUUAGUAUUAGAUGAUAUAGUUAAACUUUAAUUUUGGUAUUCAUUUUUUACUGAUUUAUUUUUAUUAUGAAAUAAAAAAUAUUCUAGGAACCAGUUAUAUAUAAUCAUGUAGCAUCUAGUGCUCGCUUGUUAAAAACGAUCGGUAAUUACUGGUUUUAUGUGGUUUGUUUUGGAAAUAUAUCCUCUUUUGAUAUAGGCACAGAGAAUGCUGUAACAUUUUACUACAUUUUUAGCUCACACAGAAAACUACAUGUACAGAUAGAUAAUAAUUGUGCAUUUAGAAUAUAUGGGAUAUCUAAUUAGCGAUAUCUGUUUUUUACAAAACGUUUGCUCUGAUUUUAUUUGGUUUAUACUUGUAUUCUGCAGAGAGAUAUAUGGUCUGUAUCAUGGUAGGCUUCUUUUAGUAAAAAAAAAUUAUAGGGGAAAAUCUAAAUAUGAAGCAGUGAGGAUCCUUUGUGGUGACCAUUGUGAUUUCUCCAGUUGCAACACUUUCAAAAAUGUUUUAUUAAACUUCUUAAAACUUUUUAAACAAUAACAAAGGGAAGAUGUUCCGAGUUAAAAAAAAAAAAAAAGAAGGGCAGAGGGUUUUCUACCCACAAUAAUACAAAUAUAUAAUGAAAACAGCACAUUGCAGAAUAGACGUUUAAAAACCUAAUCCAAUUAAAAUAAAUAAAUAAAGUAAUAGCUAAUACAUUUCAAACAUUUUCAAAUCCAAUGUCAUAGUUAUAAGAGAGAUUUAUUUUUGAAUACUAUUCCAAUGUAUCCCAAUAGUAUUGCAACUGAGUGGAUAGGGUAGAGGACUGUUCAUAUCUUUAUUUCCCAGUGCUAGAGAAAGUGCUUCUCAAAAUGGAAUAAUUCUGGAUUAUGUGCUUUUAGACUAAUGACCAUGAGAACUAAUGCAGUUAUUCAGCUAAAUGCUGUACAUUUAGAACUUUGUCAUAAAAUUGCUCUUGGUUUGCCUUGAAUACGAUCUAUUGGAGGAAAUGCAUAAACGUGUUCUGUUCCAAGAAGUGAAAAUAUAAAGGGAAGAGGAGACUCCAAUGUGCCAGCGGAUUCCAGUGGUUUCCAUGGGGAUUGCCUGACUUUUAAUACUUUUUAGAACAGCACACUAUGUUAAAUCUCUCCCGAAGUCUUUAUUAAUACAACUAAGUGUUUUAGUAGCUUAUUGUUAGAUUGGCAUGUCUGAGAAUGUUCCAAGAGUGUUUUGGUUUAGCAGCAAUUCACCAGACCUCAGAGGUAGCACAUGAAAUGCCAGGACGAAGUUGACUUUUAAGUGUGCGAUAUGGAGAACAAAUUUAUAGUAAUAAAAAUAAUUAAAAAAAAAAAAAGCUAAUUGAGAUCCGUGCAUUUAUUUAAUUUCUAGAAAUUGCAGUUUCUAUAGUUUCUUCAGCUGUCCUUGAGGUGGCUAAAAAACUCUGCUUCACCCAUAGCUUCCUAAAGAGAAUUUGUGCAUAGCCCAUACAUCCUUCCACAUUAGAGUUAUACAGACAUUGUAGUUCAUCUGUGAAUGAGAUAAUUCGCUUAACUCAAAAUCUAUUUGAGGUUGUAAUUCAAGAAUUAGAUCAAAAUAUAUAUGGACAAGGAUAUAAAAGUCACAAUGUUUUCCUAUUAUCUAUUAUUUUUUUGUUAUCUUGCAUGUGGCUAUUAUAUGAAGUGAUUGUGGCCACAUGUGCUCUCUUAUAGAAAAAAAAGAGAGGAUUAGGAGAAAGAUAUAAACGUAUUAAAGUGCAUGAUAUCUGAAAUGACAUCACAUGAGACUAAUUUAUAGGAAACUCUUGGGUCAAUUUACUUAAUGGAUAGGGGGUGCUACUUAGCAUGUAUAACUUUUAUUCUGGACUCUUUAAGUAGAUAAUUUCUUCCCAUUUUAGGAGUUGCUUUGUUUUUUGCAUAGCCCCCAACAACUGCUCGAAGUCAGAGCUCCUCUUCCUUCCCUUUACAAGAAGUGGGACUGUUAUAGCCAAUACUACCUCGAUUUGCCCAGAUAAUUCACUGCAAAUAACAUUCAACAGAGUAGUUAGACGUGUAUGUAUAUUUAUAUAAUUUUUAGCAUUAGCUGUACAAUUCCCUGCUUGAUAACAGGUAUGUAGGGUUGAUUUAGUUGUACCACAUACCAAUGGGAACUUUUAUGAACAAAACAUCAUGACCUCAAUUAAAUAGGCUUUCCAAAUCAUUUAAUAUUGUUAGAAAAACUUUCCAAUUUAUUUAUCUACAGAAGUCCCCAUUAGAGUAUAUGAGAACUUGUGUAGAUCAAUAAUUUGGAAAGUUUUUUAUUAAAAUUAUUGAAUAAUUUGGAAAUCUUUCUAUGUUUAUUAUUUUUGUGUUAAUCAUGUUAGAAAUUAUAUCCUCCUUGUAGUUUUCAUAGAUAAUUUAUAUAUGUGAUUAAAUACAAAGAAAUGUUUACAUAAAUAAGUAAACAAAUUAGUAAAAAACAAAACAAUAACAAACAAAAACAAAACAAAAACUUGUUAUAUUUAAAAGCAAACGAGCCAAAAACCAACCAACCAAAAAUUAUACCAUAUACUGACAUUUGACCCCAACUUUCAAUGUGUUAGACAACAUUUUUGCUUUUAUUCUUUUAUUAAUUGAUGUGUGUGUGAAUGUAUGCCUAAUAGUUGAUAUAAACAUUUGCACGCAUAUAUAUUUUCAUCUGUGCCAAUCAUGGGAGUUUCCUAACACUUUCAUAGUUGGGGUUUAGAAUCAACAUGUUCUGUGCCAAGUGAUCACUGUUAUUAUCAGAAUAAUCAUGCAAAGCACACUAUGUUUUUGUUGAUAGCACUUUAUAUUUAUGUGCUGUUUGGAUAAACAAUUAUUGCAAUAUGCUUAACAUUAACGCACAACAGUAAAAAAAUAUUUUAGCUUUAGAACAAAAUACACAUUGUUAUUUAUUCAUUUUAGUUUAUGUUAAUGACAGUUUUUAAAAUAUAGAAAAUAAAUCAAAGAAUAUUACAAGGAUCCCGUUAUUUUUAUGGAUAUAUUGUGUUACUUUAAAGUAGGCUUUUGCCAUCUGUGCUAUACGAUAAUAGCCAAUGCAAAAAACAUAUUUUAACUUUCAGGUUUACAUUAGCAAAAUAUAAGAUAAAAGUGAUUUAAUGGCCACCAUCUGGCUGGCGUACAAGGCGGCUGUGGCAUUCUCCCUUGUGAUUCAACUACAACUUAACAGGGAAAAUGUUGUUAUAAUCCCAGAUAAAACAAAGUACAUUUUUUAGUGAGAUCUUAUGUUUUAUGCUUGAGUUUAAAAAAUAAAUAAAAAAAUUAUAUAAUGAAAAUAAAUACAUAAGAAGCAAGCGCAAUGCAAAAAUAGUUAACAUGUAAAAAUACUUUAUUCAAUCUAAUUUGUCAUUCACUUUUGUAUGUUUCUGUUUACAUUUAUUACAUAUUUUUCUAUGCUCUACUGCUAAUUGUAUUGUUUUUGUAGCAAUUGGAAACAGUACUCAUAUUAUCCUUUUACAGUAAUUUCAUUGUUGAUGAUAAUUUCACAUAUCUGUUAUUAUUUCUGGGUUUGAAUUUCAAUAUUGAAUGUUAGAAUUAAAACCUUGGGUCUUAGGAUGCCACAAAACAGUUGCAUCAAUGGUUAAUUUCUCUUGGAUAAUUUAUACAACACUAAACCAUAAUAUAAAUGGAAAAAAAAACAUUGUUUUCACAGUUUUGGCAAUAAUAAAGUGUGCAUAAUGAGUGUGGCUUAUGAAAAGUAUUUCAAAAUAAAUUAAUUCAUCUGCCUUGAUUUACAGAGUACGUCAUAUGUCUAGGAUUUCAAUUUAUUAUUGGUCGUUGUUUAUGUUUAUAUAAAGUAGACAUCUCAAGCUAUUUACCUAAGGGUAUUUUGACACUUUUUACAUUGCCAUUUCACUGCUAGUCUCUGCUAAAUAUUAUAGUAAAAUUUUGAUUUUUUCAGAUUUUUUAUAUAUACACAUAAAACAAGGUUUUUAAAAUGUGUAUUUCCUAAACCAGAAGCAUGCUUUUCCUGUACAAAACCCAUUAUUCCCAGCUAAAGCUUCUUAGUACAAUGAUACCCCCAAUGUAUGUCUUAAAGAAUAGACUGUGAAGCUGUAGUACCAUAUAAUUGCCUGACCAUUUCAGUUUUAUAGUUCGAGUUUCGAUUAAUGGAUUUGAUAGGCCUAUGUCUCAUUUUGGGGCAAUAUAGCAGUUUGAUUAUACAUAGUACCCUAUAAAGGCCUACCAUGUGUGAAAGUAGACAUUUCAGAGUAUCUCAUAUAGUGUAUAUUGUUCCUUAAUGUGUCACUGUUUUCUCACCAGUUUAUUUGAAAGUGUGUAGAUAAAUGUAUUUUUUUUUGCAUUUUUUUUACAUGCUUGUUGCAUUUUUGCUAGGUAUUUUAUACAUGUGAUGUGUGCCACUGUGAUAAAACCCCCAAAUUAACCUAUAUCUUCAGAGUACAAUGAUACCCCAAUGUGUGCCAUAGGCUCAAUCUUGUUACACACCAUUUCAGCUUUUUAGGUGUGAAUUUUCAUGGAUGGAUUUGAUAGGUAAAUUUAGGGUAAAUUUAUUUUUUUUGCAUUUUUUUUAAAUGUAUGUUGCAUUUUUGCUGGACAUUUUGUAAAUCUGUUGCGCUCCACAGUGAUAAAAACCAACCAAAUUAAAUUAUAGCUAAACUAUAUCUUCUAACAAUAAUACCUGCAAUGUAUGGAUUAGGUACUAUUUUGUGAUAUUUCAGUGCUACUUAAGAGAAAUGGUAAUUUUAUCUUGCUAAGAGUACAUUUUCAUAGAUGGCUUUAGUGGAGCUAUGUCUCAUUUUGAAGCAUUUUAUUAGGUGCUAGUUCAAACUACCUCACAAAGGCCUACCAUUAAUUAAAUAAGAUUAAGUACCUCAGGAUAUUUCAAAUAGUAUAUUUUGAUUCUUAUCAUGGUGCCAUUUUUUCACUAGUUUAUAGUGAAAACUAUAGCUUCGUUCAGACAUAGAGCUUCUGUUGGCUGUAGUGGAGAAGUUAAGCAGGCCAAAUUUAUUUGACUACUUUGGGUGAGCACCAGGGAACGUGUGGCACCAUAACCACCUCAGUUCACUUUAAUCGUUAUGGUACAUUAAUAGUUAUGGUGUUUCACACACAAUUGAUUGUGCUUAUUAGUUUUUUGUUUCAAUUUUCUAGUUUUUACAUUUAUUUGAAGUUGCGGAAGGUUGAGUCUUCAUAGGGUGGUGGGGAGUUUCAGAAACAGUUUUACGUUUUGAUAAGAACAGAACGAUGUCUGUCAUGGAGACUGCAUAAGGGACAGGCAGAUAUGGUUUGAACUAUGAUGGGAAAAGUAUGAUUGUGCAGAGUGUUAGAGAGGAAGGUAAAAAAGUAAGAAGCAUCAUUCUGAAAAUGAAAGUAUGAUGAAUUUAUGGUAAAAGUGCUACACAUAUGCAUACAUUUUAUUUUUAAUCAUUCAUUUAUUUUUAUUACAGUACACUGGAUUCCAGACAGAAAGAUCUGAGUCAGAUCAUGACAGCCAAUGGGGUGGUAGCCCCCUUACUGACACGGCUUCACCACAACUUCUUGAUCCUAUAGAAAGACCAAGCUCCCAGCAACAUGACAUGUCCUGUGCAUACAGACAGUACCCAGACCGAGGCGCUCUUUGUUUUGGAUUUACCCUUGACCCUGCCAGGUUAAAUGAUGAUAGACACCAGCAUAGUCAGUCUUGUGAAGGAGGAAGAUGUGAAGCUGGCAGAUACUUUCUUGGAAGUCCUCAAACUGGGAGAGAGCAAUGGUGGGGUCCACGAUCAACAUUGCCUUUGCCAAAAUCCUCUCCAGAAAGCAGAGAUGGAUAUGAGAACAGCAUGCCACAUAUUGCUUCAGUUCACAGAGUACAUGGUAAGAAAAAACACAAGCUUAUUCAGGGCUGCAAUCAGAAUUGUUGGGGGCCCUUACACAGCUCAAGGCCUGGGCCCCUGAGUCCACUCACAAGUUGAUGUAGUGUGUGUUUAUAGUGUAUGCAUAGGUGAUGUGGUGUGUAUAGUGGGCGAAAGGUGUGUAUGUUUGUGUAUAGUGGAUGCAGAGAAUGUGUGGGAGAAAAGUGAAUGCAGUGUGUGCGUGUCUAAUGUGGAUGCAGCAUGUGUUUAGUGGAGAAGGGGGAAGAUGUUGUUGUUUUCUUUUUUUCAUUUAUAAUUUAUCCCCCUCCCCCCCCCUUACCUUUUGCCAGGGAGAGGGGGACACUAGAUUCCCUGAUGGUCCAUAUGCUUGUACAGUGAAUAGUGGACCCAGGAGUGUCAUCUUCCACCUCCAGCAGUCAGUUCUAUCCUUAUGUUGCAAGCAUGGCAUGGGUUGCGUGCCAUGGGGAGCAUUGUCAUGGCAAGCUGAGGCAAAGCUCUGCCAGCCACAGCUCAUGAGAGGACACUGCCAAAGGAGGAACUUAGAGUAUCCCUGCCCCCUCUUCUUUACUGAGGACAACAGGACCUGCAGGGAUCUAUAUAUGCAGUUGUGCUCAAAUGUUUGCAUACCCUUGAAGAAUUGGUAAUAUAUGUAACAUUUUUAAAGAAAACAUGAGUGACCAGGCAAAACACAUUUCUUUUAUUUCUUAUGGGAUUUAUAUUCAACUAAAAGUUAUAACAGAAUGGUACAAUCAUAAAACAAAACAUGGCAACAAAGAAAUAAAUUAAAUGACCCUUUUCAAAAGUCUGCAUACCCUUAGUUCUUAGACUGUGUAUUGCCCCCUUUAGCAUCAAUGACAGCGUGAAGUCUUUUGUAUAUUGUGUGGGUGGUAAAGUUAAGGCUCCAAAGUGGGUAGUGCCCCUAUAACACGGGGCAGUGGGGGGGGGGAGGGGAGGGGCAGGGAGGUUAUGUUAUUGGAGUUGAAUAUGAUGUCACUAGUUAUGGCCUUUGAGGGCUUUGCCUGUGUAUGGGCACCAGGUAGAGCAGGGUUCUAAACCCCUAAGUGCUACCAUAAACAAACCAAAAGAACAUUAACUGAAGAUAUAAAAACAUAAAAAAGACACAAUAUUUCAGAAACGUUUGGUUAUGUCACUGCAGCACCAGGUUCCAGAACUUCGACUGUUUCUGGGGACAAAUGGUGGUAUGUCUGCCAAAUUCCACUGGUGAGUCCGAGGCAGAUCUGUCAAGGGAGCGUUGUGGUCAGCCAGACCCAAGGCUAUUAGUAGUGGGCCUUCUUUGGGAUCAGCUGCCUUAUACGUUUUCCCAUCCUUAGUAGCCAGGAGAGAACCCGGGGUUGCCCAUCUGUAGGGAAGUCCUGCUUUUUGUAUGGCUGUCGUAAUGGGCUGCAUAGACUUGCGCCACAGCAGUGUGGCUCGGCGUAAGUCCUGAAAGAGGGAAAUAGUACAUGCUUCAAAUUCGAAGGGAGUCUUUCCUUUAAGGGCCGCCAUUAAGCCAAUUUUAUCAGACAGGGUUUGACAUCUCAAUAUGAUAUCCCGGGAUGACGUUGCAGGAGCUUGGGGUGAUUUAACAAUGCGGUAUACCCCAUCAAAGGAGAAAUGUUUAGCUUGUCUCAUUGGCAGCAUAGUGGCUACCAGUUGUCUGACAAAGUGGGGAAGUUCUUCUAGGGACACUGACUCGGGGACCCCUCUGAUCUUUACAUUCUUCCUCCUGCCAUCAUCAAGGGUAUUAACUUGCCUCGUGAUGGCAGUGUGUGCCAUUUGUAUUUGUUGCACCUUGUUGCCAAGUGAUUGCAGUCCCUGUUUAAGCUCUACGACAUCUUCCUUCUGUCACAGCUUGUACUUCCAUAGCCAUUAACGCCAAGUCUGCCUUCCAUGUUUGCUGUUGCAGGCCAUUUAGCAUGGUUUGGAUAUCCUGCUUAGUGGCUGGUGAAGAGUUCUCCACCGUCGGUAGGCUGUGUCGGGCUGUGUGGGAGUUCUUCCCCAGACAGCAUGGAUGGUGAAGCCUCCCUGGAGGCCGGCGCCUGGGAAGGUAUGGGCGGCUGUAGCAUGAGGCCCAUGUCUCUGUGGGUCCUUGGUGUGAGCGCAGUUGGUUUUUGCAACCUUCUACCCAUUUCUACAGCAGUGUGGCUGUCUAUGUGUUUGUCCAAUGUCACCGCGACUCUCCACGCCUGGUAUAUGCCCUCUAGCUCCUGGUUCUGUCUGCCCACGUGGGGGGUGAGAAAGAAAGGCAUCAGAGUGUGCAGCAGGGCGUCCUGAUGCUCAUCUGCCCUUCCUGAUGUCAGUGAGGUGUCGAUGGAGCCGGUAUCAUGAAUUUUAGGCACUUGUGGCUCGAAGCUCUGAGGAAUGGCAUCCGCUCCGGUGCUCUGGCAAGCCAUGCCCUGACUGGUAUUUUCAAGGCUUUUGAUAUCUUUUUAUAUUAUAUUAUAUAUAUAUUUUAUAUUUAUAAAGUUCAAUUUCCUUGUUAUGCAGGUCUUUUGACAGUUUUUUUCUGCUUCCCAUGACUCAGUAUCUAGCCUGCUCAGUGCAUCCACGUGAGAGCUAACAAAAUCAUUGACUAUUUAUACACAAACUCUAAUUGCAGUUUAAAAAGGUAUGGGAAAUUAAAUUGUAUUGCCAUCUUAACCUAUGUGUGCCACCUUGUGUGUCUGUAAUAAGGCUGAACAUUCAAGGGUAUGUAAACUUUUGAUCAGGGCCAUUUGGGUUAUUUUCUUUCAUCAUUCUGAUUUAAAAAGGAGCCAAAAAACUGUGUGAUCAUAAAUGGCUUCAUAUUAUCACUAUCCUUCAAUAAAAGACAUUCUUUGUCGGUUGUCACACUGUGAUGGUGGCCCUGAUCUUAUUAUUACCAUUAUUGCUGUUUACGUAGCACCAGGAUAUUGUGCAAAAUUUUACAGUUUUAAUGUUGGAAAUAUAACAAUACAUGCUAGCUACUUCAAAUGUUAACAGAUGUUAACAGAAACAAGAUUUUAACAAGGACCCUGCUUGUGUGUUUAUCUUUUAUUAGAUAUACUAAACUAUAAAUUCAAAUAAACUAUUGUGGGAAUACAUUAUAUGGGUAGGCCUGGGGGUUAAGUUAAUAGUUCCACCACCAUUGUUAUUUAGGAACGCCACCACACUGUGCCACCCCCUUAUUAUUUUUAGAGCACCAACCUGCUCUUUGUAAUUUUUGCCUUUCAGCUUCUUAGUAGAAAGCUCCCUAAUCAUUGUGGGAUUGCCAUAAUGAUACCAAAAAGGAGCUAUCUACUAAUCAGCUCCCUAAUUUGGUACCCUUAAAUAUUGCAAUCCCUCAUGGGUACACAUUUACUAAACAGCUGCAAGAUGCAGCCAUGGCACGAAUCAGAAUUUAAUUUGUCUGAAUGAUACUCCGAAAUACAAAUAAUCACCAAAGUUUGUCUGAAAACUAAUGAGCAACUGGCCAAAAUUUGAAAAAAAGAUGAAACAAAAAUGUUUUUCGGCCAAAUGUGUUUGAAUGAAAUGAACAUUAUUGCGGCACCCAACUCCAAUAGAUACAUGAGAAUCUGCAAAGGUUAUACAACAUGCACCAUAUGCUUUCCACAUACCCAUAAAAUAGUAGCAAAUGAGAAUUGUCAAAACAAAAAAAGGACGAGACUGGGUCUAACCAAUAUGAAUCCUCCAAUGUGUCGGAAUUUUUGCGAAAGGCUGUUAACCCGAAAUGUUUUUUUUUUUUAUACUUCUUUCUAUUACUGUUAACCCGAAAUGUGGGCUUUUUUAUACUUCUUUCUAUUUCUCUUUUUAUUUCACUAAUCUACAUAGAAUAUGGUACAUGUUCGACACUUAUUAUGGAUUGCUAAUAUAGAUUACAUGCUUUUACUCUUUACAUUUAACUGAGCUGAACCGGUAUCCUGAAUAGACUUUACUUUUUUAUACUUCUUUCUAUUUCUCUUUUUAUUUCACUAAUCUACAUAGACUAUGGUACAUGUUCGACACUUAUUAUGGAUUGCUAAUAUAGAUUACAUGCUUUUACUCUUUACAUUUAACUGAGCUGAACCGGUAUCCUGAAUAGACGUUACUUAACAGCUAUUGUUACAGUAAAUAUUUUCUUUAAAUAGUUAUUGUACCUCUAUGGAUUCAUAAUACAAGGAAACAAGGUAGAUAACCACCACUUACUGCUAAUUAUACUUAUUUUUAUUUAAUUAUUUCUACUGUUCUACUUGCCAUAAUGUAUUGUGUGAUAUAUGAAACGACACUAGAAUUGUUCCUGUUCAUUUGAUGUAUUUAUAAAUAAAACAAGUAUAAUUGUUAUUGCACAGUGCUGUCUUAUAAGCUGUUUCAGUAGAUUUAAUGACAAGAUAUUUUUUGACAUUCGAUUAGGGAGUUAAAAGGACAUUAUAAGUGCCAAAAUAACUUUAGCUAGCUUAAUGAUGCAGUUUUGGCGUAUAGAUCAUGCCCUUACAGUCUUAUUGCUCAAUGUUCUGCCAUUUAGGAGUAAAAUCAUUUUGUUUAUGUUUUGCCCUAGUCACAUCUGACUCACACAUCCUUCGGAAUCAUUUACUGUAAAGAAAAAUCUAAUGUUCAAAUGUUAUUUUUUAAUGGGUUUAAUUUAGAAUUUAUUGUAUUCUGCUCUGUUAAGUUUGCUAGACCCUGCAUGAGCCUUCUGUAUGUGAGACAAGUUUACUUUACAGAGCAGUAGAUAAACCCUUCUAAAGUAAGUUAAGAUCUAGUGGAAAAUGAAACCAUUUUUUUCAUGCAGGCUGUGUGAGUCACAACCAGUGUGGCUAGUGCGUCACGAACAGAAACAAAAGGGAUUUAACUCUUAAAUGGCAGAGAAUUGAGCAGUGAAGCUGCAGGGACAUGAUCCAUACACUAAAACUGCUACAUUAAGCUAAAGUUGUUUUGAUGUGUAUAGUGUUCCUUAAAUGGUUUAAUUAGAUGAAAACUCCAAACAUUGUGACAAUAUAUUCUACUGGCAUAAGAAAUUGUAAAUUUUGCUGCAACAACCAAAUCACCUCCUCACACAAAACAUUUUACAUGGAUCAACCCCACAGAUUUGAGGGUUCACUGCAAUAUUUCCAUAUACAUUACAAAUGCCAGCCUGAGAGUAUCUUAAAUGUUGUUUUUUGUAAACACCAACCAUUAACCUUAUCUAACUAUAACGUAAACAUUAAUAGUAAAUAUGUGAGUAAGCCCAAUUCCAACUCCAAAUUUAACUCUAAUUUAAAACUAUUACAUUUGGUUUCCUAUUCCUAAUCUCCUACAUACAUAAGAGAUUAUACAAACUGUGCUUUGAGUGUAUAUGAAUAAAAAAAAAAAAAAAAUCAACAAAUGGUGUCAUAUGAGAUACUGAUGAUAUAUUAUCUAAUUCUUGUCAUAUGCAGGGAGAAGCCAUUGGGAUGAAGACAGUGUUGUUAGUUCCCCGGAUCCAGGCUCUGCAAGUGAAUCCGGAGACCGCUACCGUGCUGAGCAAUAUCAAAAUACCCACCAUGAACCCAGCAAAAUUGAAACACUUAUACGGGCUACACAGCAAAUGAUUAAAGAGGAAGAAAAUAGGUUACAACUUCGCAAAUCAAGUCCUGACCAACUAACUACUAGUAAUGGAGUCGGGAAACGAAACUCGGUUUGUUUUACCAACUAUCAACAGCCCCAGUUAACAGGUGUUGUAUGUCGUGGACCAUCACUUACUAAUACAUCUCCUUGUGAUCACAUUCAGCACAGGGAUGGAAAAAUAUUGAGCCCGCGUGACAAUGAAUAUGAAAACAGCCCCACAACUUUGUCCAGAAUAAGCAGUCCAAAUUCAGACAGAAUCUUAAAAACCAGUGUUACUAUAUCAAAAGACUAUUUACAUAACACCCUUUCCCCUCAGCAAGCACUGGACCAUCCUGCAUCUCCUAACUACUACAGUUCUCACAGGCAAUAUUUUGAUAAACAUGCUUACACCUUCACUGGGUAUGCCCUUGAACACUUAUAUGACACUGAAACUAUAAGAAACUAUUCAUUGGGUUGCAAUGGAUCACACAUUGAUGUUACGUCUCACAUAAGGAUGCAGCAAGAUCCUGCUCAAGUCCACAAGGGCACAUCGGUGAUAAUAACUAAUGGAAGUUGA